ACUCGAAAAGUUUCUUCGAACGUUGUCCGUCCACCGGUUGUCGUCCACAUAGGCACGUACCGUCCGUUCGCGCGUCGUACCGCAGACCGUAGUAUCGUUCGUACAUUCCUGUCACGCGCAUUUGCACGCGGUUUUCGAUCGUCUGUCCGCCGAGCACGGUAAAACACUGUAAUAUUAAAAUCGCCGUUACGGCGUUAGCCCGGUGUCCCCCUCGGGUGCGCUAUGGAAGGAGGAUUCAAAGACCAGGUGAUGAACCUGUUGAACGGCUCCGAACCGUUGUCGGGCGACAAAAUAAUGCAAGCCGUCAGCCAGCUGCAGUCCGUCUUACCGUCGCUCAGCCAUCUGAAAGUGGUGAGUUUGUGGUGCUUAAGUAUUAAUCGAUAAUUUCGGUGCGAAUGGUGCGCCACUCGACACAAUUGCGUACACGGAUAUUCUCAAUGAGAGCGGGGGGGAGGGGCUUACAUUAAAUAACGUGCGUUUUGCACAGUUAUCAUGGAACGUUCAACGUACCUAUCGGGAAUCUGAACAUCAAAUAAUAUAAUGUUAUAGCCGUAGAAAUUCAAUAGCUUUAAUAUAAUACACAUUUAUAAAUAUUCGAUGACCCUCAUGUUCGCGUUCGUACCAAUUCCCAACUAAUUCAAUUAUAAAUUUCUUCUUCUUCUUCUUCGGUUCUAAAAGCCAUUAAGGCCCAUUACCGCAACACGAAUUUGCUUCCAUCUGUCUCUAUCCGGCGCUAUAGAAUUUCUCCAUCUAAUAUUCCAAUCUCUGCUAAAUUCUUUUCCACUUUGUCAUCCCACCUUUGUUUAGGCCCGCCAAGUGGUCUUUUCCCAUGAGGUUUCCAUUUUAAUACCGCUUUCGUUAGACCAUUUGACCUCCAUACACGACCGGCCCAUGCCAUUAUUCUGUAUUUUCAUACAGCUACUAUGUCUGGUUCUUUAUAUAACGGUUUUAUUUCUACAUUACUUCUUAUUUCAUAUUGUUGGGUGAUGUUAUUUAUUUUUGGCCCAAAUAUUCUUCUUCUCAAUGUACUUCUUUCAAGGAUUGCUAUUUUGUCUUCGUCACCUUUAGUUGUUGGUCAUGUUUCACACGCAUACAAAAUAACUGGUCUGAUCACUACCUCGUGUAUUGUAAUUUUCGACUGCAAAUUUACCACGAAAAAAAAAAAAACGAUUAACAAUUUUUAAAUUUUAUUUAUUUUUUAUUUGUAUAUAUUUGUACGUACAAUUGAAAAAAAAAAAUACCAAGGGGGACUUGAACUCCCAACUCCCCCCUCCUCUCCUCCGUGUGUACGCCACUGAUUCGACACUACGACGGGCGUUGGACGGGAAUGACUUCAAGACCGGCGGCGGCGUAUUAUUAUUUUUUUUUUUAUCACGAGGUCUGACUCGGAAAUUUACUAGUUUAGCUCGAUAGUCGGCGGACGGACGCGUCGUGGGAACACGCCCCGAGAGUUAUUAUUAGGCACUGUUCGACUCGGCCGUCUGCUCUUCGACGUAGGCCACAAGUGUUUUGUUCGAAAACGGAAACAUCGUGUAAAACGCGUGGUUCAUUUGGCUGUGGUGCCGGCAGUGUUUACGAUGAGGCCCAAUAUUAAAAAGAGUUAACAGAUUUAAGGACAAUUUAUAGACAAUUCUGACUAGAUUUCGGUGGGGGGAGGGAAGAUGAACAUUUAUCUACACGAAAUGUACAAUAAUCAAAUUCACUUGCUUAUAAAUUCGAAAAUUGUCCCGAAUCCUUAUCUGGAGUAUUGUUCGUGCGUUAUCUGUCUAUCGUGAAAUUUGAUUAAAAAUACAUCACCAGAAGUACUGCGGUUUUAAUUAGCGAUUGUAGAAAUUUUAUUCCAUUAUAAAAAGUACAACAAUAAUAAUAUUAUUAUUGGGGAUUUUUCCUUUAUCUAGUUUAUUGUAUACAUCUGUGAUUAACGACAUGUUAUCCAAAAGUAUAUUGUAGUGGUAUAGAAUUGAACCACUGCAGAACGGUCGAAUUUCGAGUAUUAUUUCAUCACUCAAAGGCCGUGCAGCAACGUCGUUUUUAAUGUCGACUAUUAACAAUACUUACGCGGAUGCGAGUGCGCAGCUUAAAAAUAACUGAUGGAUUUGUACUUUACCAAUUGUACACGUGUUACGUAAUCGCGAUUUCCGUAUCGGAUAGACAGUCUCAUUAAAAUCUGAAAAACAGUUUUAAGUAAAGCAAUGAUGAUUUGUCAUCUCAAAAUCUUAAAUCCUGUUUCCGAAAUUUGUUUUAAACGAAAAUGCAUCGAAACUUAAUAAUUUAAACGUAUUUGACGAAGUUUGUGUGUCUGAAAAAGUCAGAGAAAAGUGAUUAUAUUAUGUGUACAAUUUUUUCGUUUUGUGAAAAAUGGAUAUAAAAAAAAAAUACUAAAUUUAUUGGUAUUUUGAAUGCAUGUGACGUGAAGUUUUGAUCAGAGUAAGAUUUCGGAAAUUUAUUUACAGAUAUAAAAACAAAAGUAAUUACUAGUAAAACUAAUACAUCCCUCGCUUCGCUCAGAAACUAAAAAUUAAACUGUUAGAAUAGAAUUACGAAAACGUUAAUUUGAAUGUACCUACACGUAGGUGUUGAAAUUAGGCAAAAUAUCUUAGAUCUGUAUCCGGACAUACUACGCAUGAUGGGUGGGCCACUAAUGUAGGUGAGAAUUUGGGAAGAUAGAGGAGAAAUUGAAUGACUAAUGAAUAACCAUUGCUAAUAAAAAACGAUUCUGAGCGGAUUUCGGUAAAUAGUGUUGCUUUGUAAUGUUGAUUUGUAUUUACAGAUUAGGCCGUAAUAUAUUUACGAAUUUUAUUAAAAUUCUUAUAAAAAAAUACUACAUUAAACAUUUAUUUUUACCACUAAAUACGGCUUAUAAUGAACCUCCUGUUAAAUUUUUUAGCAUUUCUGUUUAGUCUAACAAUUAUCUCCCCAGAGUAUCUAAACAAAAUUUACAUAAAAACCUUGCAAAAUUAAAAUGUCUAUAAAUAGCUUAAAAAUAGCCACAAUGUUUUGAAAAUUCGACCACAUCUAGAAAAGACAAAUAUAAGUUAAAAAUUCAAGUUCCUAUAAAUAUUUUUUACUGAAUCAAAACAAAACAAAAAAAUUGAAAACAUAAUUCAUUUUAUAACUUUUUCCGUUCUUCCUACGUUUUUUCCGGAUUUUCCUUAUUUGUUAUGAAAACAGACGAGAAAAUUAAAAAUUAUCUUAAAAGAAAACUCAAGAAAACUCAUGGGAAAAUCGAAAAAUGGCCUCUUUAAAGUACCAUCCAGUUAGAUUUCCUUUUUGGAAAAGUCCUAUACUUCAAAAUCGGAGCAAAAUAGCUGGAAGAAAAUUUGUCAAUAAAAAAAAAAAAAAAUAAACAUCAUUGUAAAACCAAUGCAUUCCUCGCUCCACUCGGAAUCUAAAAUACAUAUUUUUAUACAACUAACGAAAAAAAUUACUCUUAAAUUGUAUUAUAUUUAAAUACGUACCCAUAACAUGUUACUAUUUUUUUCUUAUCAGACCUAGUCCGGUAUUACCUAAUAUUUUUAGGAAUUUAUCGGGAACAGAUCUAUGAAGGAAUGUAUUGGAAUUUUGUUCAUCAAUUAGAAGAACAUUCGCCAUAAUUUGUUUAAAAACAUUAAUAAUAAGUGGAUAAGUUUGUUUCAAUAUGUUCCCAGUGAAGGACAUAUUAUUUAUUAAUAUAUACUACAAUUUUAUAAUAAAAAAUAUUUGUACAAAUUGAUGGUUUUUACUAUUUGAGAAACAAGUUCCUUUCUUCAAUUCUGGAAUUAGUUCUGAUUUAAUACAAUUUACAUAACUAAUUUCUUUUUAAAAAGAAAUUUUCACUCUUUCACCGAAAUAAUCUUACAACAAUAUGCUUUCUGUUAAUCGUCAAUCGAGUCAUUAACUAGGUAAUUAUAAAAGCAUAAACCAUAUGGUCAAAAUUUUAAAUUGACGGGUACUCGUUAAACUGUGUAUGACGUUCUCUUACAAACAAUUAAUAAAUAAAUAAAAUAUUAAAUUCUAGGAUUUUUCGUACAGUAUAUUGUAUAAAAAUUAUAUUGGUAUCCGGCGACGAGUGACUAAUCGACUAAACCUCGUGUAGGUAGUGCGUAAAAAAUGAAAAAAUAGUUUUAAAAAAAAAACAAUUUAAUUAAACCCGAGACCAAACCUAAUUUCGAAGAUAUUUAUCCAAUCAGUUAUGGUUACACAGGUAUAUACCCGUUUAAAAUUAAAAAAAAAUCUGCGCAAAAUCCAUUAGUUUGAUUAGGUCGGCGAAUUGAAUAAUUGAUUAAAAACUGUUAGUAGAGUUUUCAGCAUAUAUUAUUAUUAUUAUCAUCAAGUCAUCGUCGAAUAGAAUAUUUGAAUAAUAAAAUAGACAAUGAUUACACACAUACAAUAUAUUAUAUAGUGCGUUUGUGAAAUUUGGAUAAGUAAUAUAAUAUAUUUACGCGAACCCACGUGAAUUUAGUAUAUUAUUCUAUCAGCGAGUUAGUCUAAUUUACUCCAGAGCUCUGUACCGGUUGAAUAAAUUAUUUAGAUAUAUUUUAGGUACGCGAUGAUGAUGAUGAUGAUGAUGAUGAUGACGAUUAUUAUCGUUAUACAAUUAUUAUCCUUACUCAGCUCGCAUAUUGCCGAUCGUAAAAGUUUUGUAAAUCCAGUUUACGAUUUUGAGCACAGUGAGUAAUGUAUUUUUUUUUCCGUGCAGUAAUCGAUCAACAAUAAAAAAAUAAAAAAAAAACUAUACCCAGUCGAGAAAAGAAUUUUAAUGAAUAUCCGUAUAAUAAUACAAUAUUUUAUGCGAACGGAAUAAAAUAUUUAAUGAAGCUAAAAGUAGGUAGGUAUCAAGUUGAUUAAAACAUUGCUAACGGAAAAAUAUGAUUCUGAGCGCAGUAAAGUUGAUAGUGAUGCUUUGUCAACAGUAUUUAUGUCAUAGUAUGGUAAAAUAAUUAAAUAGACAUUAUGUAUGUUCUCUAAUAAUAUUUGUUUAAUAUAUUGUACUGAUUUUCCCGUAUUUCCUGGUUUAUCACAUUCGCUGGAAAAACUCUUGGGAAAGUCCAAAAACGAUAUCCUUAAUGAGUACCUUCCCAGUCAGAUUUACUUUCAAAAAAGUUACUACACGUAAAAAUCGAAGCAAGUCAUCUGGUAGAAAAGUUGCGCACACGAAAAAAAAAUAAAAAAAAAAUAAACAUCUUUGUAAUCCCUAUAUUUCACGUGUGUAAGACUAAGACAGAAACUCGUCGCUUCCAAUCCACUUAAACAAUAUCUCUACAAUACGAUUAUACAGAAAACUUCUCCAUUUCUAAUCAUUUUUCCUAGACUUGUGUUUUUGAAAAUAAUCGAAGCGUUAUUCUCAUAUGGAAUAUAAAUUUAUUUAUAUAGAAGUAAAUAUUGUCGACAUGAACUAUCUUAAAAUAUCCGUGGCUUCUCAUUGAAUUUAAAACAAUCUCUUCAGAUGGUUGACGUGUUUAGGAAUUUACAUUGAGAGGUGUUUUAGUAAAUAAUAUUCAUGAGAAAAUAGUAAAAUCUUUUUCUAUAUUUAACUCGAUGACAAGAAAGCAAAAACCGAAAUGUUCUUUUCCUUUUCCCUGGUAGAUUAUUAAUUUUUAGUUUUCAUUAACUUUGUAUAAGUAAUCGUACAUAGUUUCGUGAUAUGAUCAAAUAUAAUAUAAUCAUUGAUCACCCAUUAUUUUUGCACCCUUUAAAAUGAUUUCGUCUUGAUAUUAAAAAAUCGAAAAACCCAUGUUAUUUGCCCUUCUUCCCUGGGGCGCUCACGAAUUGUCGCCGAUCUGACUAUUGAAUUUUUUUUUAAAAAGGUUACUCGAAUCGCCUCCAAUAGUAAGAUAAUAAUUAAUCGAUUUCUAAUUUUACAUUAUAGGAAGUAUUAAUAGAUUAAUUCAUAUGAAUUAAAAAGUCAUAGUUGAUUGAUUAAACUUAGGUUAAUAAAUAAUGAUAAAUGUAUCAAUAAGGUAUACAGUCAAAAUCUGAAGUUUAUACGUACAUAAUUAUAAAUAUUUCAGUUAUUUUAAGUACCACAUUUACUUCUAAAACAGUAAAAUAAUUAUUACGAGUAUUUCGUCGUUUUCAAUAAUUUAAAUAGGAUAGUAAAAACUGUGUAACGCACGCAUAAAAUAUAGUAUAUGAUAUUAUAACACUAGUUGUUUCUGAUAUGACCCACAGUCGUGUUUUUUUUUCAAACUACCGGAAUGCGGUACCUCCGCCUAUUUUUCUUUUUCUUCUAAAUGUUAUAUUAUGCGUAAUACUUCUUUCAUAUUGUAAUAAUACUUGUAUUAUCGUCUGUCGGUUUGUUUAAUAAUAAUAAUUGUUGCAUAGGCGCGGUCAAAUAUUCUUCAUACAGAUAAGUGCAUACUUACUUAACCUAUUGUUUUCUAUUUCGACGAGAAUAUUUUAAAUUUAUCAUAAUACAUUAUUGUUACCGACACGUAAUGUGUAUCGAUUCAUGAAUAAUAAUUAGUCGGUGACUAUAAAUAUCAUAUAAACUAAACUAAACAUAAUGAAUUAUUCAUUAUUUCGGUAUUUUAUUUUCGGUUCGAGAUCGAAGGAGUGCAGAUAAAAGUUAAAAUAUAGGUCAAAUAUCUUUUGAAAAAAUUUCUCUGUAUACAAAACAUCGGUUCCUUUAUAGCUUUGUGCAAAAUCGAAUACCGAGAGCUUUAACUAUUCGAAUCACGAAUACAAAAGAAAGAUAAUCAUUUAGCAUGGUAAAUAUUCGAUUUCUGUGGUAAUACGUAGUGUUGUACAAGUACAUAGGUAACAGAAAAUUCAGCCACCAGGGUUGCGGUCUACGGGCAGCGGAACCACUUUUUCGGAUGAAAAUUCUUAUGCCCUUCGGUCAGAACGUACCCACGUGAACGAAUUUCUCUCCGGUCAGAAAUAUUUUUAUUGUUGUAUAACGACACAUCUAAUACUUUAACGGUUUAUAAAAAUAAAAACAAUAAUAUUUUUACUUAAACAUAAAUUUAUUAACCGACAGUAUAUAUUAUUACAUCCAAUAUUAGUGCCAUAAACGUUUAAGAUUCUGAGCACAGCAAAGAAUUAGAGAAGGUUAGAAGGUUGGAAGGUGAGAUACAUAAAAAGUUAUUUAUUUCAUAUCUGUAAGUAACAAUAAAUCAUUGAUAACGAAAAACGAUUUGGAUUAAAGUUUGGUUAAAAGUACAUGUUUUUAAUAAUUGAGCUUAACUGAAAAAAAAACAUAAAUAGAAAGGGAAAAGUUCCAAAAAUAAUGCUUUUAUUAUUUUCAGUUUUGAUUUUUGGUUAUGUUUUAUUUCGGUUAAAAAUAUUCGUUGAGACUUAAAAUUUUGACAGAAAACUUUUAUUUGCCUUUUCUAGACAUGGUCAAAUGAAAAAAAAAAAAAAAAACCGUCGAAGCCACUUUUGAGCUAUUUCUAGAUAUUUUAAUUUUGUGAGUUUUUAUGUUAUUUUUAUUUGGUAGAUACUCUAUGGAUAAAAUUGUUAGUAUAUUAAAUAUUAAUGCCUUUCAAAACAUUUAUAACCAAUUUUAGUUCAAAUUGUUUUUUCGUUUUACUUACAAAUAUAAGUUAAAUAAUAUUAUAUGUAUCCUACACCUUCCAACCUUCUCAUUUACAACUGUGGCGUGGUACUCAUCCGCAAUAUCUGAUUAUUAUUUUUUUAAAUCAUUUAAUACCGAAUUUUUUUUAAGUAUGGAAAGUACAAAUUAUAGAUUUAAAAAAAUCAAUAAAUUGAAUAUCUGAAAUCUUAAAUGUAUAUGCAUUUUUGGAUAAUCUAGAUUUAUGUCACAUUACUAGUGUGCAUUAUAAUUACGGACAACUAUGUAUUUAUAGACAUACCGUUUAUAUACGAGUAGUUAUUAUGGUUAGAUAAUAAAAUUAAUUAAAUUUGAAAUAUUUAUUUUGUAUUGAGAAAAAAUAAAUUAGUGUUUACAAUAUAACAAGGCACUGAAGUAACCAUGACCUAUUGGUAAUUUUGAUUUUUUAAUCUUCUUUAUGCUUAUUAUUUUAAUUAGUUCAUUCUAAAUAUUACUAUUAUUAUUUAUAUAUUAUUUGUUAAAUAACUAUAAAAACAUACAUUAUCUAUCUACUUAAUAUUAUUCUUAGGUCAUAUAAUUUAUAUACAACAAAUGUUCAAAAGUAUACAUUGUACGUGUAUUCACUAUACAAGGCGAUCAAUUUAAGUGGGUACAUUCACUCUUAAAAAAUAUUAACUUUUUCCAGAAUUUGUUUUGUAGAAUAUUUAAGAAACAAGCAGCUUUAUAAUUUUACAUUUAUGUCUUUUAGUCACGCUUAUUUUUAAGGAUGAAACUACUAUCUACCGAUUUUAAAAUGGCGACCUAUUAAAAAUUUGAAAAAUAUAUCAUGGAGUAUUAAUUAGAAUAAAUUUCGAUGUAGGCAGUUUUGAUUGCCGUCAACCAAUUGACGGCCCAUGUUCUACUUUUCAGUUUGGGUAGAAGAAGAACAGUGAUUGACAUUCACUGUCGGCUGUAUAUAGUGAAUUGUUAAAUGUUUAGUGUGUUUUCGUUUUCUUUUAAAUAUUUAUCAGUAUUAUAUAUUAAUUAGUAUACUUAUAUUGCAUAUUUAAAGUAGAAUAGUACAUUGUUAGUUAUUAGUACUUGGAUACAUGGUGUACUUGGUGUACUUGGUAUACACUAUAUUUAUUGAUAUUAGAUACCGCUAUAUCUAUAUAAUAAUGUCAUAUCAGGAUUUAAAACCAAAAGGUGAAUCGUGUUAUGCUUAAUUGGGUAAAUUUAUUAAAACGUAUGCACGGCCAAUUGGUGUUAAUUUAAGUUCACAAAUAUUACAGAUUGUAGAAAAAGAAUUAAAUGAUCUCCAUUUAAAAGUUAAGAGUUUACAAAAUAAUUGUUUAACUCGCUCGUUGAGUUUAAAGUUAAAUUACAAAAUCAAUUUAACUUAACUCAGUAAAAAAAACUAAUUUGUAAACCUUUAGAUUUUAAUCAUAGUGAACAAUGUAUUAGUUUUUUAGGUAAAUGGACAUUUUCCUCUUGACUGUUUUCGGUGUAGUAAGACAUAUUUUCCUGAUACAUUUUUUAAUGUGAACAUUUUCCCCCUAUUUAACUUCAUAAAAUAAGUAAUAAACUUUUAAAAAGUAUGGGGGGAAAUAUCUCCAUUAAAAAAUGUAUCAGUGAAAGAUUUCUUAUUGAACCGAAAACAGUUGAAGAAGAGGGAAGGCCGCAAUUUAGUUUUACAAAAAUGUUUUUUUGUGUGUGUUAUUAAGCACUUUUUCUUCAGAAAAAUUUUAUCUAGUUGAUACUUUAGAUAAGACAUUUUUUUUUAUUUUUGAAGCGAAAUUCGAAAUAAUAUCUAUAACCGAAAAAAAACGUAGGAAAAACGUACGGUUUCAUUAUUUUACGGACGACUUUUUCUACCACUAAUAUUUUUCCAAUUAAAAAACGAGUCUUUUUUUUAUUAAAACUUGAUGAUCUUUAAAUUAAUGAUUUCAUACGUUUCAAGUAUUCGUUUAUUUCAUCAGUGGAUGUAGAACGAAACUUUUCUAUUUAUAAAAAUAUGUUGGCCGAUAACUGCUGUUCGUUUAUAUUUUAAAACCUGUCAAAAUCUCUAGUUGUAAACUGUAAUUAUUCAGGUAAACAACAAAAUUCAACAUAUUUCGUUAAAUUGUAUAUGUUAUGUAAAAAAAAAAAAUAAAUAAUAAUAAUAAUAAAUGCAUAUUUAGCACAUGUUUUUAUGAUUUCAAGCGCACAUUUCGGUAGGUUUUAGUGCAUGAACUUCCGAACCCUAGUUUGUGUAUGUGUCGUAAGUUUGUAAAACGGAGAUAAAAUUAUUUGUAGCGUCCACGUAAUAAUCGAUAAGAAGAAAAAUGUUGUCACUUUCAAUAUUAUUAUAGCAUUGUUUUUGGAAUAAAGUUAACUACGUAUACAUGGGUAAGCAGUAGUAUGGUAUGUACACAUGGUAUCCGUAUUUACAUUCUACACAUUUGAAUAUAUUUCUCCCCUCCGUCCAUAAUUCGACCAGUAUUUUUCGGUAUUAUUGUUGUUCGAAAUUCCGUCAUUCAUUUUAUAUUUUUAAAUAUUAUAAUUAAACAAGUACUGUAAUGAGUGAUUCACCGAUGCGACUGCAUAUGUUGGAUAUGAUUUGCAUUUAAUUUUAUUACCCAGCGACUACGAUUACUGCGCGAUUAUUACUCAUGGUAUUAAAACCGUUUUGCCGGUUUGUUUAUUCAAGUGUGUUCAUAUUAUUUUAAAUAAUAUCCUUCUGUCAUUUUACAUUAGUCCAUUGUAUAAUAAUAAUUAUUACUCAUUUUCAUAUAAUAUUAUCGAAUUAUCCAGAGUUGUAAUCGGUGUAGGGUUUGUCUAUACCAUAGACUUGUACAUCUAGACGAAAGUUCCAGGUGGAUGAAGUUUCAUUUCGAAGACAGAAACACAUGAGAUAAUAAUCGCAGCGCUCUCUCUCACACUAGGCUUUAUUUCAGCUUAUAUUUCUUGAAUAAAUUGCAUAUCUAAUUUCAAAUGACAGAGUGAUAAAUCUUCUCUACUCCUCCAGUUUAAAUUUUAAAAGGUUGUAAUUUAUAGACAGUAAAUCUGAUAUUAGUGGUAUGCAUAUACAAAUGUCUAGAAAAAUAAUCUCUAUUCUAAUCUAUGUUUAAAAGAGAGGUUUUUAUAUGAACAACAAUAGUAUAUAUUUGUUUGAGAUAUAUGGAGUAGGGGUAAACAUUAAAAAUGAUUUUAAAUAAAGCAUAAAAAAUUCCAUAAUGAUAAAACGACACUGAAAAUAAAUUCACUUAAAAUUCCCUUAGAAAAUCGUUGGCUCAUAUUAAGAAAAGCUUUUCUAGGAUAAUAUAAGGACGGGUGUAGCCACUUGUGUAGAUGGGAAGUUGGGAAGGGAAUUUAAUGUAUAUUUGUAAGCAACGAUAAACCACUGCUAACGAAAAAACGAUUAGGAACGGUGUUUAGUUGAUAGUGAUGCUUUGUCAUCAAUACAAUAUAGUAUAUUAUAUUACGGUAAAAUAAUUAAUUAGGCAUUAUAUAUUUUCUUUAAUAAUAUUUGUUUAAUAUUGUACGAAUUUUCCCUGCAGUAAAAAUCACAAUUUGAUAACUUCACUGUACGCUGUUUAAAUUGUUUUGAAAAUCUAACCUAACCUAACAAAUAAUACCUAUACAUUAAUUACACAAUUUCAUAAUAAAUAUUAAAUCUACUAGUUUUAUACAGGGUGUAACUAGACUAUUUGUCAUUUCUACAUGAAAGUACAUUGUAAAAAUGUCAAAUAGUCCUGUUACACCCUGUAUAAUCAUUCUAGAUUUGCUGUCAAGUGACAAAUAAUAAUUGUAAAACAUAUAAAUAAUAACCAGACGUACUAAGUGCAUUAUCAUAUAGUUGUAUUAUGUUGGUAACUUGACGUGAAGUGACGAGUGAUAUUACAAAAGUACCAUAAGUUAAAACCGUCAUCUCGAAAUAUUUAAGUAACAUUAUAGGAAUACAUCAUUCCUCGCGUCUAUUUCUAAAUCUAACAUCUUAAUGAUGUUUUCUAAUACUUGAAUUACUAUUUUUUUUAUUUAUUUUGAUUGUUUUUUCUCUAUUAUAAAAAAAUAUAAGAAUUUUUAAAAACUGAUCUUAUACCAAUACGAACUGGUUAUAUAUAUAUUUAUUGUUUAUAGUUACAAAAUAUUAUUUGUAGAACUUCCUACAAAGACAUGAAUUUUUAGAUCGGAGCAGUCUUUUAGUUGAAUUAUAAAAAAUUGCAUUUAUAUAGUAAAAAAUAAAAACACACGAGUAGCUGACUUGUUGCUGACUUGUUGCUUGAUGUUUAUUUUUUUUAGGAUAAGGAAUUAAACAAAAAAGUUUUAUCAAAAUAGAUGAAUUAAGUUCUCGAUAUUUUUGUUAACAUUCAAACAGACGGUAGGGCCGAGGGUUGGGAGUUCAAACCUUCUCCACGACAUUUAUAUUUAUUGUAAUAGAAUAAAAAGAGAAAAUAUAAAAGUAGAGUAGAAUACAGAUGGCGUGAAUGCGUCAAUACGGGUCACGGACCGUCGAUGGUGUGAUAGUGUGUGUCUUAUCGAAUAUAAUAACGCUACCGGAUGCAUCCCUUAAUUGACCCGCGAAGUGCAAGUGUUAUGGUCAUAUUUAUAAUCGAUUAUUAGAAUAGUUCUCCGUGUGAUUUUAUUUAUGUCAUCUAUAUUACAUAUAUCUAAUACAAUAUGCGUUUAUAUUGUUUAUAUUAAUGCGUAUUGUAUUUAUUGGCGAUCGGCGAUUUGUGUUAUUUAUUUUGUACCUAUCUAUUCUAUUUCAUAUCCUAUUACAAAAAUAUGAUAAUGCUACUUACCUUGAGUAUUCCGCUUGACGUUUGUUGACAAUCCGCUGCUCAAACGUAAUGAGUAACGAAAUAUAAGUAUGCGUAGGUCUCGAUGAAUCGGUACAACAUAAAUACCGAUUUGUUUAUUUAAAUUUUAAAUAAACAUGGGUGAUCUAACACUCCGUCACCGAAACCACUGUACCGUUUAAGUACUUAGUCGGCUAUAUUGAGCCGUUGAGUAACAAAUAAGUGACGACUUGCAAGCAUACGCUCAUUAGCGUUUUUUUUUUUUUUUUUUAGUUUAAAUUUGUCGUAAUAAUGGGCACUAAUUUUAUUUUACCAAGACAAUAGACGUGGAUUUAUCUGAGUGUUACAUCGAGUUUUUGUUUUCGUUCAAACGUAUUAUUGACAUUAUAUAAUAAUGUAAUCAUAUACUUUAUUGUAACAAGAGUUCAAUACUUUUUUAAGUUUUUGGAAUGUGAGAUUUGUUACAUAAAAAAUUAAAUAAUUAUAAUCAAUAACUUGAAAAUCUGAAAAGAAAUGCACAUUACAGAUAAAUAGAUAUAGAUAAUAUAGAUAUUAGAUAGCAAUAUAGACGGUAUAAAAAAUUAGUAGCUAUAUAAAUAAAGUAAAGUAUAUAAACUAAUACAUUUAAAACUAAAUAUAAGAUUCACACAUUCAUAAUAAGUUUGUGAUUCAAUAUCGAGGUCAACAUAUAGGUUUUAAAAGAAAUGUUUAAGAUUUUAUCACAAAUUGCACGUUUGUUUUUUUGAUAUUGUGUCUCCACGAUAUGAACUUACAUGAACUGAUUUGAAAAAAAAAAAUGAAUUAUGUAUUUUUUUAAACUGGAGUAAUUUAACAUAUGAAUUUAAAGAAGUAUAUAAUAUAAAAAUAGUAGUAGGAUAAAAUAGUAAAUGGAAGUAAGAGAAAAAUUAUUUAAGAAUAAAAUUAUAAAAUGACUAUAUUUUUUUUAUUAAUUAGUUAAUCCCAGUGGAUUUUACUUAUUGUUUGUCUCUUCGUCUCUUCUUCUUCUGUGAUGAAUCAUCUUUUUUUCGGUCUGUUUGUUGCACAUUUGUGGUUGGCAUUAUGUAUUUUCAGUUUUUGCAAACGUGGUUUUCUGUUAGAGCAUACAAUUUUGUGAAGGGUUUGGGAUGUUGAUUGGCUGCUGGGUAUUUUAUGAUUUUGUAUUAUUGUUUGUAGUCAGAUAUAUACCUAUAUUUUUGUAUUUUAUUACUGUUAUGACUUGCCAAGUGUGGUUCCUCGUAUUAUUAAGAUUCUUUCUGGGAGAAAGAAAAGAGACGAAAUCAUUUUUUUGAUACAGAGAUUUUACAAACAAAAUUUUAAUUGUCGUGAAAAGUAAAUUGAUAAGCAUAAUAAAUAGUAAUAUUUAUUCAAACUUAACUAUUUGUGUAGAUAUAUUUUUGUAUUAUUAAUUGCAAUCAAGUUUUUGAGUCACUUCCCCGUUUAUUACAUUAUUUAAACACAUUUUAACCAAGUUAAUUUUAUGAGUCCGUAAAUAUAUUUUAAAUAUCUUAACAGUGUGUUUUAAACAUGCUAUUUCCUGUGAAAACGUAAAAUCUGAGCAUAAAAAUAGUCGGGGAGGUGGUUGAAAUUAAAAACACCGAAAGGCACAUCGUACAUUAUUGAUACUUACACUAUGUAUAUUGCAUGUACAAAAUGUAAUUUUCCUGGAUUCAUUUAGGAAGCUGUAGGGGUGUGCAACGCUAAAAAACUACAUUCCAUCCACAACAACUUGGUAAUGCUCGUAUUAAAAUUCAACUAACAUUUUAUCACAUUCUAUCCAACAAAAAUCAAAUUCCCUGAAUUUGAGUAUUUUUGGUCCAGAAGGAGCUGUUAAAAGUAUUUAAAUGCACCGGCCAAUAGUCUCUAUUUAUUGACCUAACCCAAUAUAACCUGUUCUUUCUAUAAAAUAUGUUAAUCAAUUAGAUAUGGAAUAUGUAUACUUACGUUAUAAUUAAAAACUUGUUUAAUAAAUUAAUAACGAUUGUAUUAUUUCAAAGUAAAUAUCAUAAAUUGAUUGCUGGGGUUCAAACACCACAUUAAAUGUUCGUAUUUGAAUUUGUUUGUUUACUCAGUCACUAUAACAUACAGGUAGGUACUCGUAGUUUUUAUAUCAGUGUUAUAGUUUCUUUGUGUUUUCGCUGAGGUUUUCUCCGUUUACAAGAACAACACUUUAACGCGGAAAAUGGAAAGUGAAAAUCGGUCGGGGAAUGCAGUUUGCCAUUUUUCAAUAACUAUUUUUAAUGCCAGCGAAAUUCAAACAGCCGAUGAAAAAAUAAAUACAUUUGAACUUUGUACGUACCGCUGUCCAUCGUCAAUGUCAUUAAAAUUAAACACGAGACGUGUUGAUAAUUACAAUUUACAAGUAUUUCAACAUAAUAAUUUAACACACGUAUAUAUAAUAUAAAUGUUAUUGAGAAACAGAAACGUAACUAUUUUCACUAUUGACUAUAUUUUCUAGCCAAUAUACAGGGUUUAUGUUGGGUAUGUUGCAGUAAAAUUCGUCGAUCACGAUAAACCACACUGUACAGCUUAACGUACACGUACGAAUUAAACAAGAAAAAUAACUUAUUUGUCGUGAUUAUUCGCGAACUGAAAAAUGUAAAUAAUCCAAAGAAAACGGAAUUCGAUUAUGUCGAAGAUUUUGACGUACACAACUACUCAUUCCGGUUAAAAUAUUCUUGUCGGGAUACAGUGCGGGUGUUACACUUCGUAAAAUGUUUACCUACGUAUCGAAUUCCGCCUAAUACGAUCGCAUAAUACUCGGUUAUUAAAUUCCCGUCGUCGGAUUGCGUGUAGCUAGGUGGUAGUGGCGUAUAUUAUCGAAAAAACAACGAAAAUUCUAUAUUUAGAUUUCGGUCACGAUUAUUGUAUUGGCUAACUUGUACCCGUUGGAAAUAUUACUGGGCGCGCCACGGUGAAAUAUCAUGACACGGCAGGCAGACACCACCACACAAUAAGAUAUGCGAUAUUUUCCCGUACAACGCGAUUAUGCGAUUCGUAUACCGGAAUCCUAUACAUAUAUAUAUAUAUACUGCCGACGAUGUUAUACAAAACGGGAAAUGCGAGGAGUGGUUUUUAACCUCCCCCCCCUCCCCCCACCACCUAUUAAUAAUAAUAAUAAAGCGCGCGAUGACGAUACGCACGGCCGUUGAUAAACAGAGAUAGCGUUAUUAUAAUGCAUAGUAUCCUCCUGUGUGUACCUAUUAAAUUGCACGCUAUUCGCGUAAACGAAAAAUAGGCACGUCAUUUCUGUCGAGUCGCAGCAGACACAAUAAUAAUAAUGUGUGCGCGCGUAUAACAUUAUGUUUUUCGUAUUGUAGAGUUCGUUUUUUUUUUUUAUUUUUUUUUAUUUUCGAAACAUUUUCGAUUACAUUCAUGUGUUUAAUUACUCGAAAAAUUACCCGUUGCGCACCCAUAUUAUGGCGAUUACAGAAUAAUAGACCAACGAGUGAUAAUAUUAUUGACUAAAACCGUGUCUCGGGUCUGUAUAGAUGGGUACACACAAAUAUCAACUCGAGUGUCCACAUAGGUCAUCGGUAUUUUUAAUAUUACGCACUUUGACCAGCUCUCUUUUUUUUUUCCUGUAUUGUAUUUGUUAGUCGUACAGAUUUCAUCGACAAGAGCAAAAAACUAUCGCACAUAUUUUCAGAUUCCGAGUGUAGUAUUUUACUAUGACGUGGGUUUUUCUCGAUAAACACUUUUUCUAAUAGUAGUACAAAUGCUCCGAUUUUUUCACGGUCCACAUUCGAAGAUACGGAUUUUACGCCUGAUGGUACUCAUUUGAACAAUUUUUCUAAAUUUUUCUUAAUUCAUUUACUGAAAAUUUGUUUUUUAUGUUUCUUUUUUAAAUACUUUGUUAGGAAAAUGCGACAAUUUUUUCACACUGAUUUUUCCAAAUUAUAAUUAUUACGUAGGUACUACUACGCAAAUGACUACGAGCAUGUAACGUACCAGCCAUCGAUAAUUAAAUAGGUUUAUGUACAGAAAUUUGAAUCGCUCUGUAUAUAUUAUAAUUUAUGGUCUUUAAUUUUGUAUUCUGGAACACGUAAACGCGUUUUUUUUUUUUGACGAUUUUCAGAUACAUUUUUUUAUAACGCGAUUGUUAAUUUACUAAUAAACAUACAUUUAUACAUAAAUUAUUAUUAUUAUUACAUUAUUAACAUAUAUUAUUUAACGUAUUUUAUUAUGAUUUUUAUGAUAAAAUUUAGUUAGUUAAAUGAGUAAAAAAAAAAAAAAAAUACUUAUAUUAAAUAUUUAAUAAAACUGACAUAUUUAAUUCUUCGAGUAGAAAAUUAUACAAGAAGAAGUUUAAAAUCAUUAAAAUAGGAGAUGACCAAGUUAUGACUUUGGCCCAUUCCACUACAGUGACCUAUCUUAAUACAAUAUAAUAUAUCCACUAUUCAGUACAAUAUUAAACAAAUAUUAUUAAAGAAAAUGUGUAAUGUUUAAUUAAUUAUUUUCCCGUAAUAUGACAUACUAUAUUAUAUUGUUGACAAAGUAUCACUAUCAACUGAACACCGUUCCUAAUCGUUUCCUCGUUAGUAAUGGUUUAUCGUUGCUUACAAAUAUACUUUAAAUUCCCUUCUGUAUCCUACCUUCCCAACUUAUCACCUACAAAAGUGGCUGCACCUGUCCUUAUAUUAUCCUAGGACAGCCUUUUUAACACGAGCCAACGAUUUUCUAAAGGGAUUUGAAGUGAAUUGUUUUCAGUUUUAUUUUAUCAUUAUGGAAUUUUUUAAGCUUUAUUUAAAACUAUUUUUUAUGUUUACCCCUACUUUAUAUACGUCCCCAUUAUUUUUUAACGUUUUUUUUUCUCGGAACAAACUUUUUCGGUUUGUAAGAAGGAUACAAUUUUUUUGCAUUGCACCUUAAAAGAUGCGUACAUUUCGUAUGGUAGUAAUUUAUCUGAAAAAUAUGUCCAGAUUCCCUAUACAAUUAAAAAAACUAACAAAAACAACAUAGGUUUUUUUUUUGUUGAUUUCUGGAUUCUCUUGAUUACGUGUCACCAAUCAAAUGACGAUCCACUAUUCUCCGCUACCCAAAUCGAAAAGUGGAAUAUCUCGUUGACAGGUUACCGGAAUUAAAAAAUGUAAAUACCGACAUGUAUUUAAACUUAUACUCUAUCUAUUUGUAAAUUUUUUAUUGUUUAGGUUGCUAUUAGAAAAUCAUCCGUAGGCAGUCAUUUCACCCCCAAAAAUAAGGGUGACAAAAAUUAAUAACAAUGCGAUAUUUUAGAGCCGCUUGUUUCUUAUAUAUUUUAAAUUAUUUCGUUUUAAAAAUUCAAUACUUUUUGAAAUAUCGAGUGCGUAUAAUCACUUAAAUAGAUAAUUUUGUAUGUAUAAUAUUAUCAACGUUUAAAAUGUUUAGCUAUAUUACGUCAUAGCGUUAAAGUUGAACAAUGACCAUUAUAAUAUAUUGUACGCUAAUUCUUUAUUAUUUAUUUUUCUCCCGUCUAUAUCUUCAGUAUACGUGCAUUAUGACUUAUAGGUCAUGCGAACGCCAAACACGUAAUUUAUAUAAUUUUAAAUUAGUUAUGAAUGGAUAAUAAAUAAUUUAUAGUAUUAUUAUAAGCGUAUACAUACCAUGAAUAGAUUGAUGAAUAAUAAAUAUUAUAAUAUUAUGGCACACAUUUUAACCGUAAAAAAAAACACAAAUUACUUCCGAUAACCGUAUGUGCUUGUAUGUUGCUUCGUUUUACAAAUAAACUAUGAUAUCAAAUUUGCGUUCAUCAGGGACAACUUUGUCCUGUUAGUUUUAAUAUAUAAAAGUGAAUUGACUUAUUAUCAGAUUUAAUGGCAAAAACAUUAUUUAUACAAUCAAGUAUUUUUUUUUUUUUUUUUUUUUUGUCAAUAAUUAAACUGUUUAGCGAGAUAGAUAUGAAUAAAUCUGAGCAUUUCGAUUAACCUAAAAAUUAUUUUCUGAAUAAAAACGCGCAUUUCAAAGUUAAGUUGCGUUAAAUACACUAAAUAAACUGAGAAAAGUAUUUUUUUAAAUGUAUGAAAUAAUUUUUAAAAUAUUUAUAAUACUAUAUUCGGAAUACUACAAAUGUCUGCAAAUUUGGGUAUAACACCCUCUUAUGUGGACGCCGAACACUAAUUUACGCCUUUGUCUAUCUCACGGACAAAUGUCAAUAUAGGCUGUUUAACUCACAGGGAUGAGGGCUACAAUUAUUUAUAGCCGAUGAAUAGUUUUUAAAUAACAGCCGUUUUAAAUUCUACUAAUUUGUUUUCAUGAAAGCAAUGAUUGUUUAAAAAAUAUUAAAAUAAUUAAAACUUAAUAACAAAAAAUAAAUAAAAACAGUUGCCAAUGACAACCUUAUUUUUAAUCUUUGUUGAUAUUUGUUAACGUUGUUAUCGCACCUAUAUCGGUUCUGGAUUGAAAAAAAGAACCUUUAAGGUUAGGUUAGGUUAGGUUAGGUUACUCUAUGGCUAAAUAUUACGCUGUUCACUGAUUUUUGGUAUUACCGACGGCGUUCGAAUCCGAAAACAAUACUUUAGAAAGAUUCAAGACUAACCUACCAGCUAGCCACUGUGAUUGUUUAUAUUGGUCGUUGUUUAACUGGUAUAUAGAUAAUAGAAAUCUAUUAUAUUAUAAUACAGAUUACUUAAAUAUAAAAAUAGUUAAAUAAAAGCUAAAAGAGUAGAAAACGAUUGCGUACGUUUGUCCAUUUUAACAAAACUAUUGCUUAUAUUUACCGAUGGAUUAAAGAAUAUAUAAAAAAAAAAAUCAAAACGAUUACGAAUGAAUUCGUUUGCAACGUUGUCAAAUUUGUGUACUAUAAUUUUAUUUGAAUAAUAAUUACUCAAUAAUUGCCCAAUACAAUAAUUUUGAUUGAACAACAAAAAAUAGAAUAUUUUUACUAAUAAAAUAAUUAAUAAAUAAAUAAAAUCAUAGUUAAAAAAUGAAUAAUUUUAAAAUAACUAAAUUUUAAUUUUAACUUAUACUUUUAAACAUCGCAAUACAUUUUAUACUAAUCAUAAGCUAUUAUAAUAUUUUGAAUUAAAAUAAAAUCCUAUUAAUCCUAUAAAUUUAAAAGUACUGACUUUUUUCCUUUUUCGGAUUUUGUUAGUUAAAUAGAAUUUUCGAUAUUAGUAAAUAUCGGUAAAGUGUACACACGACGAACUGCUGGCAGCAAACAUCUAUAUAUUUGAAAUAUCGAAAUUUCGAGCAGAUGUAGGUAUUUGAUAUUGCAUCGAUAUCGGUAACAAUAAAAGUUCACGGUGAAAUGCAAAGUAUUCAUAAAUUAUUUCUAGAUCACUCAUGUGUUAUAUACCGGUAUGAAAAAAGGUAACAACGCUUGAAAUUGCAUACGCAGUCGUGGAAUCAAAAAUUAGGUAACGUCGUACGCCAUCUCGUUUUACCUAUAAAAAAAAUUGGAGCCGAAAAAUACUCUUCCAACAAAAACUGGUUCCAGUUUAGAUUCAUUAGAAAAUCAAAAAAGGGUUGUUUCGGUAAGGUUCCGGAUCCAAUAUUUUCAAAAGGUUUCACUUAAAAUACCGGUGUUUUUUAUUUCGGUUUCAAACCCUGUUUAUAAUAUUAUAGUUUGCAAAUAAAUUCACUACGGGAAAAUUAUUUCGCACGUGAAAGAAAGGAGAGAAUAUGUAGGUUAGCAUAUCUUACCUACCAUACCGUUUUAUUAGUUUUACACGACGAAAGAGAAAGCUGACCUGGAUGUUCUAAUUCAUAAAUAUUCGGUACAACAUUGAAAACUAUAUUUAAAUCGAAAUUAAACGGUUUGAGAUCCCAUUACUUUGUUUUAAAUAUUUUGGUAAAUAAAUAUUUGUUGAUAAAAUGGCAUACAAAUAUCAACAAUAUUAACGAAACAAUGAUAUUAUGAGUAAAUGUUUGGUUUUACUAUGAUGAAAAACUGGAAAAAGACGAAAUAUGAACAAAUGUAAGUUAAAUUUUAAGCAUGAUGCUUUUUUGAUGCAUUUUUAAUCUUGAUGGUGACCAAGGAAGUUGGUUUUUUGAUUUCCUCUAGUUUUUUAAGUAAUUUUGUAAAACAGAAAAAACGUAAUACGAACGGGAAAAUUUACGAAAAUACUGCUCUUAUUAUUUUCAAUUUGGUCCUACGUUAAUGACUUAAAUUAUAACGGAAAACUUAUAUUUGUUUUUUCUAGACAUGGUAACAUUUAAAAUAUUUAAGCCAUUUUUAAAAAUAAGAAUUUUGAGAUAGCCAUUUUACAUAAAUUUUUAAAGCCAUUUUUGAAAUUAACGAACAAUUCAAAAAUAUUUUCAUUGUCAUCGAUAAAUACUAUCAAUCAAUUCUUCAAUUUUUUUUAUGAAAUCUUAAUUAACAAUCUUAACAAAUCUUAAUUUUCUUUAACAAAUUGUAGAAACUCGACGGUUAUUUAACAUUAUUUAAUUUAACUUAAUAUUAUUACUCAUUAGUAAAUAUGUGUUACAUCAAAAUUUUGUUUCAAAAUUAUUUGUGGCGUGGCUCUCUAGAAUUUUGUUUAGAAUUUUUUAUACAUAUUUUAAUUUUUAUUUUGUUUUAAAAAAUACAUACAAAUAUAAAAUAAAGGAAUCAUAGCACAAGGUCAUUUUAAUUAUCACAAGAAAAAAAAAAUUAAAAAUGUUAAAUAGAACAAAAUUUAUUUCAUAUGUCAGACCUUGGUGAUUCACUAUGUAUAUUGUAUAUAGAGUAAUUUAAUUUAUAUCUGCACGCAGCGAAAGAUUGGUAACGUAAAACGAUUCUGAGUGAAGUCCGGUUAAGUAUAUUUUUUAAUGUUGUGAAUUAUAAAAUUUGAACUUUGAAUGCUAAUAAAGAAUUCGGCUCCAUAUUAUAUUUAACUUUGUUUGUUCAUUAAGAAUAAUUUAUGAUAAACCUUCUGUUAAUUUUCAAACAUAUUUUCUGGUCUUCUGGAUCAAAACCAAUUCUUUCCACACAAACCAAAUAAAAACAAUAAACUCGUCUAUUUAAAAUGGCUAUAAAUAGCUCAAGUAUCACGAAAGUUGUCUUAAAAAUUUUACUACGCACAGAAAUUAGUUUAGGUACAGUAUAAGUUUGCUAUGUAAAUUUCAGGUCUCUACGACCAUUUUUAAUAGGAUUACAAAAAAAAAAAGAAAUAACGGAAACCGUUAUUAGGUAUAUUUUCCCGUUUUUCUUACGUUUUUCCCCCAAUUAUUAAGAUAAUUAAAAAAUGAUACUUGUGAUCAGGAAAAGAUUUCUGGUAGAAAAGUUGUUUAUAAACUUAAAAAAAAAACCGCAUAGCAAAACCAAUAAAUACUUACCUUGCUGAGUUUAGAAUCACAAUCCCGAAUCCCCAAGAAUUCGGGCUUGUGUCUUAUAAUAGGUAAACGAGUAAUAAAACCAUUCAUCGUCAAUAAACGAUUGAAUAAUAGGGAAACAAGAGGAAAAUCGUUUCUAAUUACGAUUAUCUAUUUUCACCCUGUGUAUUUUGUUCGAUAAUGAUUCGCUAAUCCAUUAACGCGUUCAAGUGUACUGCCGUGCGACGGUGAUUGAACUAUUGAAAAGCGAGAAGAGAUUUUUUUUAAAUAACGAAAAUCAAAAAUCUAUGCUUUUUUAGCACACUUAAAUAAAGUCAGUGUACGUAUUAAUAACAGUACAUAUCAGUAUUAUUGUAUAUUUAACAGUUAAGACCAAUAACAACUGACCCAGAACAAGUUAUGAAAUUAGCGUCCUUUUAUUAGACACAUAAUAUAAAAUUCGCUAUAUUUUAAUAUUCAAUUUAUACAUAAUAUUUAUCACUUUAAAAUUGUAUACGUAUAAUAUAAUAUAUUAGGAUUGUGAUAUAUUUUAAAAUUAUUAAAUUAUUAGAGCGUAUUAUUAAAGUAGUAUAAUGUUUACUCGUGACCGACUCGUACGAAAAUCGAACGGCCUACUGUAACACGUUGGCGCGUAUACCAACACUAGGUCCUACAGAAAUAAAAUUGCCGAUCGUUGACUGCACAUAAUUUAUAAUAAAUUGUUCCUGAUAAGAUUGUAAUCAUACAGGUACAAUAUAUAUAAAUAUUAAGUAUUUACAAUUUCUAAUUCAAAUUUAGAACAAAAAUAUUUUUAAGUUUUGCGCUCUACAGUGAUGGGCACCCGGAGAAAAGUGUUCUGUUAAGAAAGAAAUUAAAAAAAAAAAAAAAAAAUAUGCUUAAAUUAAGUUUUUAUUGUUAUACUUAUAAGGUUUGUGCGUUGUGAAUGUUGCGACACGAUAAUAAAUUAUUAUAAUAUAGGCUGAGAGGGAGCCGUGGUUAGGCUAUGACCCCGAUACCACGAAAUGAAUUAGGAUUAAACGGAAUAUAAUAACCGAUAUGACAUUGUUCGUAUACAGAACAUUUUCUAUUAUCAGUGCGUCGAAUUUAUUCGUUUGCUACAACUGAACUUUUAUUGUUUUCCAAACGUUGGAAAAGUUAGCAUCGAAUAGUCCCAGAAUAAUCAUUAUAAUAAUGCUAGCCGCAUUAUUACUGGAUACAUUAUUAUCAAAACACAUAAAAACUCUAUCAAAAACAUCAACCUCACGACAUGAGCCGGAUUACAGCCAUUAGGUAUUCUUGCCGAGGCCCUUUUUAGCCCAAACAUUUUUUUUUUUUGUUAAAUAUAGAUAGAAUAUAUAUGAUCUGUUAAUUUUAUUAAGUGUACCUACAUACAUUUUUUUAGUUUCCAUGGUUGUCAUCAUAUAUAGGUUUAGUAUCAUAUAUAUAUAUAUAUGACAUAUCAGUGUAAUGUAAUAAUAUCAUGUCAAUAAGAGGCGCUGGUUGCAUCCGAAAACCGCACACACAUAUAUAGUUUCCAUCCCAAAUAGGUCGGUAGACGAAAAACGCACACUUCAUCGAUUGACAGGUAGGUACACUAUAUAGCCAAAUACCGCGCACAUAUAGUAGGGUAAAACUGUACGCUAAUUAUAAAACAUUGUAUAAUACAUUGUUGUAUGAAAACAUUGUCCGUCCAAUUGAAAAACAGAAACAAGUUAGUUAAUGGGCAAAUUUUAAUAUUAGCAAUACAUCAUUUUUUAUUAUGUUGUAUGUAAUUUUAGAAACACUUGUUUAAAUGUUGGGAAGAAUGUUCGAAGGACGGAGUUCGUUUAAAAUGUUUUUAAAAUACAUCGGCUAUCGAUUCCUACCAAUAAUUAUGUACAAAUUUUUUUUAAAAAUUUUUUUCAAACUAAUAUCUUUUAAUUCAUUAAAAAACAUCGGCUUUUUGCUUAAAAUUUUGAUUAUUUUUUUAUUUUUACAAUUGAUUUUAAAUUUAUUAUAUUUUAUAUUAGUAUUUAACAACACUAAUUAAGAUAGUAUUUGAUAUUUUAUUUUAUAUAUUUUUAGACUAAUUAUUAAUAAAUAAUACAUUAUUAUAAAAUGUGCGACUUUUGGAUAUAAAAAUGCAAAAAAAUGUGUGGUUUUAACCUGUCAAUAGUGUGCGGUUUUCGAAGAUACUUAUAGCUUAUACAAACUCUAAAAAUGACCGUGGGGGGAGGAGGGUGAUGAAUGUUUCGAAUAAAGUGUCAUCAGUCAAAUAAUCCACAUCUUCCAAACUUAACGGAAAAAGUGUUUUUCAAGGAAAAAACACAUCUUUAUAAAAUUAAUAGCGCUUUUUCGUUAAUCUCAGAAUCAAAAAUAAAAAAAAUAGACGACAAAUUGAGCUCCCAUACACUAAUUUUUCUGUUUAUAAACCAUUUUUAUAUUAGAAAUCUUGCUCCAAUCAUUAACUAAACCUAAAAGGGUGGUUUCUAGUAGAAAAAGUUGUAUAUUUGGUGUACUAAGGAGGUAAUUUUUGGAUUUCUCUUGUAGAUUUCUUAAUAAAAGACAUAAUGAAAAAUUUAGAAAAACAUCGGGAAACUAGAAUAUUCACACAGCCAGCGGUUAAUGUUAAAUUUGAUUUUGUUUUUUUCUUGACACAGAAUAAUAUGAUGUAUUACGAUAAAUAGUUAGCUUAGGAUGUUGAACUAAUAAAUUUCAUUUGGGUUUGUUUACGAAAUAAUUAUGACGGUACGUAAUACUUAUAGUGUAUUUUAUACUAUAUCAAUAAACAGAAGGUCAUUAUAAUUGAAAAUAUAAGUUUUUUUAUUUCUAUUAAUAUGAAAUAUGAUUUUUUUUUUAAUUGAUUAAUUAUUUUUAAUCCUAUAAAUUUAAAAUAUAGACAUGUAUAUAUGUAUAUAUAUAUAUAUAUAUAUAUAUACACUUGUAUAUCGUUUAUCUACAUACCAUUAGCUACUAUACAAUAUAACCUGAUCAAUAGAUAUAUAUCUUACAUAAUACAUAGGAUACAUAUAAUAUAUGUAUUAUAAAUAUAUCCUAUAAUUUGUUAUUUAAACAAUAAUUUACGGUUUAUCUCGAGUUCCAUAUUUUAUCGUUGCUCAAUUUAUAAUUUUAAAUUCUGAGUGAAGCAAAAAAUAUAUAGGUUCUACUAUGAUGUUUUUGCUUUCUACUAGAAAGCUUACUCUGAUGUAUACAAUAUAGUACCUUUUCUGAAUGAACAUUUUUUUGGGUUGGUACUUUAGGAAGGUCAUUUUUUAAUUUCCUAGAAGUUUUCGCAAUAGAAGGGAAAGAGUGAGAAAAACGGGAAAAUGUAUGAAAUAUAUUAGUAAAAUAUUACGAUUUUUGUUUCCUGUGAACAAUUUUCUACCACCGAUUUUGCAUCGAUUUAUAGAGAUGGUACUUUUUCUGACAGAAAAUCUGACUGGGGAGGUACUUUAGAGAGGUAAUUUUUCGAUUUUUCCAAGAGUUUUCCCAACAAAUGUGAGAAACCGGGAAAAAAUACGGGAAACCCGUGGAAAAUCGGUACAAUAUUAAACAAAUAUUAUUAUUGAGAAUAUUUACUGGGUAUUUAAUUAUUUUACCAUAAUAUAUUAAUAUGACAUAUAUAUUGUUGACAUAGUAUCACUAUCAACUGAACUUUACUUAGAAUCGUAUUUUUAGUAAACAAUUGUUUAAUUUUUCGCAAUGUCAAGUAUUAAACUUACCUACUACUAACACCAAGCUUUGUUCUUUAAAACGUGUAUAGUAAAAAGAAGAUUAGGGUAGGGUAAAAGGUAUUCAGAAGCAAAGAUAGAUCACAUUAUUACUAAUACAUAAAAUAUAGUACAAAGUAAAUAUUAUUAACAUUAUUAACAUUUCAUUUUUUAUAUACCUAUUACCUUAUGUGGAUUAAUUUUUUUAAAGUAAAAUAUUAUGAAAUUUAACUACAAAUAAUUUGUAUAUAAAUGUAAAAAUUAGGUAAAAUAUAGAACCUGAUUGCUUUGGUUACAGCCUAGGUUACAGCCCUGGCUGCUCCACCCUUCUCAUUGUGCUACUUCUAUCCUCUUUGUUGGUAAAUUCUGGGAGUACAUUACUGAUCUUUAACACAUCUAUAUAAUGAGUAUAAAACUUUUCUAUCGUUUCAAUAAAAAAAAAAAAAAAACGUCCUAGAAUAAUGGGACAGGUGCAGCCACUGUUAUAGGUAAUUUAAUGUAUACCUGUAAGAACGAUAAACCAUUGCUUAUGAAUAAAUUAUUCUGAGCGCAGUUCAGUUGAUAGUAAGAUUUUGUCAACAAUAUAUAUGUUAUAUAAUAGUAAAAUAAUUAAGUUGGCUCUAUAUAUUUUCCUUUAAUAAUAUUUGUUUAUUGCUGUACCGAUUUCUCCGGUUUUCCUAUGUUUUUUCCCAGUUUUUCACAUUUGCUGAGAAAACCGAAAAAUGACCCCUUUAAAGUAGCUUCCCAGUGAAAUUUCCUUUAAAAAAAAAUUGCUGUCAUUAAAAGUUGGAGCAAAAUUGCUGGUAAAAAAGCUGUCCACAGAAAUAAAAAAUAAUACAAAAAUAAACAUCUUUGUAAAACGAUUAGCUUCUUCGCUCCACUCAGAAUCUAAAAAACCACAUAAAACUCGAGUUAAUCAUAUUUAAAUAUUCAUCUAUACUUUUAAUAAUAUUUUUUUUCAUCACUUAUUGUGUAAAACUGAUCGGUUUGCAAAUGUUUACAUUGUCGAAGAAUUAAUAACAUUACAUGUACUUACACAAUUUAUUAUUCAUGGUUUAUCAUGCAUGGUCUUUCAACGGGAAUAUAAAUGGCUUACAAUUAUACCAUACAAUAUUUAGCUGUCUCUCCAUAUAGUCUAUCUUAAUGUAAUCUAAUAUCCAGUGUAUACUCAAAUAUAUCAUGUGUAUCAUCAUGUAAAAUUAAUUCCGCUAUAGUAUUAUAGGUACUCAUAUUAAAAACACUAAUUACACAUUUAAGAAAACUGACAUACUUUACACGAUGUGUAGGUUAUUGUUAUAGAUGAGAAGUUGGAUAUAAGGUUGGAUAUAGAGGAGAAUUUAUAAGUGUAUAUCUGUACGCGAUGAUUUAGUUUUGCCAACGAAAAACGAUUCUAAACGGAGUUCGGUUAUACAUAUUUUGAAUGGCCGUAAUAUUUACGAUUUUCGUCAAAAUUUGAUUUAAAAAAAUAAAAAAAAAAAAUCUACAUUAAACUAUAUUUUUUUCUUAACCACUAAAUACGACUUAUAAUAAAUCUCCUGUUAAAUUUUCAAGCAUUUUUGUUUGUCUAACAAGUUAAGAAUAGUACCUACCGAUUACAAAUUUCGUAAAAAAAUUCGUAAAAUUAAAACGUCAAAUGUUAAAAGUCAAAAAUGGCUAAAAUGUUGUGAAAUUAUCUCUCUAACCUACUAACUAGAUAAAAUUUCCUUUCAGAAAAUAUGUUAUACUUGAUAUUUCGAUGUAGGAUUUUUGGUGGGAAAAUUGUUCACAAAAAAAAAAAAAAUUAAACAUCAUUGUAAAAACAUUAUACAUUUCUCGCUAAUUGAAAAUAAAUAUAAUGUUCAUUAGAAUAAAAUGUCACGCCUCGAAUAUAUUAUAAUUUAUAAUCAUGGACGAAAUAGUUGUUUUAUCUUUUUUCUAGACAAUACAUAUUUUUAUUAUAUUUUUGAAUUAUUCAUAAAUAACGCGAUAAACGGGCACUAUAUAAUAUUAUUUUUACAAAGGUUUUGUUUGUUUUACUAGUCUCUUAUGAUCUUCGAUAUUGUGUAUACAAUCCGCUAAAAAUAUGAGUGACGUUUUUUCCAAAUUUGCAGGUAUCGCGGGGAACGCGAAAUCAAAGAAUACUGAUUCGGCUAAAUCGAAAAGUAAAAACUUAGUGUUUGACGAUAUAGAUCUCGAAAUCGAAAUAUCAAACAAGGUAAAACGUUGCAUUGUGUAUUUUAAAAUAUUGUAAUCAUUGUUUUUUCUGCUCUAUUAUUAUUAAUUAAUUAUAAUUACAGUAAAUUAUAGGUUUUUUUUUCUUAUGUAGGUACGCACAAUCAGUAGCGUACGCAUGAUUUUUCAAUGGAGACUUGAAAAUUAAUAAUUUAAAUCAGUUGUUUUGUCACAAGUUUGAAAAAUUAAGCAGUUACAUUCUUAGUUCUGACUGAUAAUAAAUAUAAAAUAUACACAAACAAAUUUUUUAAAAAAAAACUUUAAUAUUUAGAUAACCAUAAAAAUGUUGGCAGUAAAAUACAAUUUUUAAGCUAGUAGAAUAUUAAAAAAACAGAGAUCAAACAAAAUUAGAAUUGUAUGAAUUGUGGAUUGCAUUACUUACCAUUUUUUUUUUCUUCAAACUAAAAAUCGAAAAAGAAUUCGAUCUUUUUUCUGCCAUAAUGAAUAAUUAAAUAAUUAUUUUAGUGUGCAAAACUAUGAGAACUACGUUUUAUAUGAAAAUUUAAUAAUAACAUAAACUCUUAUUAGAUUGUGAUAUGGAAAAAUAAAUUAGUAAACUCCUAUACACCUAUCUAUUUAUAUAUAUGGUACAUAUGCAUAAUAAAUAUUUUAUCAUAUUAAAAUGUACUUAUUAAUUUUCGAACAGUUUCUUAUGAAAUUAUAUAGGCGUAAUAGGCGAUAACGAAUAGUUAUUACUAUCGAUUAAUGUUCGGUUAUUGUUAUAAUAUGAUAUGGAAUAAUAUAAAGGUACCUCUAAAUACCGGUAUUUAUCGAAAUCAGUAUCGAAUUUUUUUUUUUUUUUGAAUAAAAGAAUUGAAACUGAAACCGAAAAAUCAUAAUGGUCACCACAGUUAGACAAAAAUAAUAAUCGUAUAAACCUAAUAAUAUCUUAUUCUGUGAUAAUAUAGUAAGGUUAUUAUAAUAGAUAGCGGUGGUAAAUUAAAUUAUUUACUUACGAAAAUAGUGUAUUUUAUGAAAAAAAAUUCUUAUUUACUAAUUAUUAUUACAGUUAAAAUUUGAAAAAUCUAAAAAUAUAUAUGUAUAUAUCUGUGGCUUGGUGCAUGAAGGGUCAAUGCCGUUUUUUUUUUUAAAUCAGUUAGAAAUUAAAAAAAAAAAGUUUAUAAUUAUUCAUUUAUAAACAUGUUUUAAGUUUUUGUAAAAAUUGAAAAAUUACACAAAUAUUUACAUUUAAUAAAAUACACAGAGCCUUAUUGGGAAAUACAAUUUCAAAGCCUUUUUCCCAACAAGCACAAAAUGUAGCAUUGAAGUCAGAUAUAUAUUUAUAUAUGUACUAACAGUCAAUGAGGGGGGGAUUUAGCCCCUUAGCCCCCUGCGUACGCCACAGGUCACAGUUCUCAUAUUAUAGUUCAUACACAAGUCUAUUUUAUGGAACUAUCAAUGUCCGCUUCCUAGGAAAUCCCCAUAAAGACUAAAGUAAAUCCGAUUUCUAUGGUUCUUUAUGUCUAUUAAAUAAGCAAAAACAAAUAUUUUUUAGAGUAUAUUUCAUGUUUUUUUUUUUAAUCUGAAUACUUUACACAUUAUACAUCCCAAUAAAAAAAAAAAAAAAAAUAAGAUUCAAUAAUUUAUUUAAUUUAUAUUUGUAAGCAACGUUAGUUAGUGAUGUUUAGUUAUAUUUGUUUCGAACAUUUUUCAAACAUACGAUCAAUUUUUUUAAGAUCUCUUGUAAAAUAAUUAAAUGUCCAACAUAUUCAAUAGUAAAGGCUCUAAGUAAUCAUAAUCCGUUUUCAAAAUUAAAAUCCGUCAAACACAAAAUUGCUGCAGUUUUUUUGGCUUUUAGGUCUAAAUCGUCUAAAAUAUACAGUUUCCUCUUAAAGCGUUGCAGUUGAUUUAAAAAAAAUCAAAAAUUUGUUUUAUUACCUAACCUGUAUUGUAUAAACUUAUAAAAUGAUUAAAACGUAUAAAAAUGUAUAGGUAACGACUGAAUCAUAAGGAAUUAUAUGUAUAUAUAUAUUUUUUUUUUUUUUUGAAGUUUAUCAUACAAUAGUGAUAACACUGUACAUUUUAGAUUUUAAUAAGUAGUUAAACUUAUAAAUUGAUAUAUCAAAUUAACAGAUCAAAUCAUGGUGAAUUUUCUUAAAUUUAGAAUAAAAUAAAAACAAAACAUUUUUUUUUAGUGUUAUUUUAUAAAUAUUAAUAUAGUUAUUUAUAAAGAAUAAAGAUGAACUUAGUAAUAAAUAUAACAAAUUAUCACAUAAUAUAUCUUAGGUAAUUAUACAAGAUGCAAGAUAUAUAAAAUGAUGAUUAAAUGUCUGUUGUUAUUAUUUAUCAAUGUAAAUUGACAAUUAUUUGACCUAAUAAUUUCUGUUCAGUGCAACCAAGAAAAAAAAUAUUUGUAAAUGGUAUAAAAUAUACAAAACUAGUAAUUUUAUACGUACGUAUGAUACGCGUUUUAUACUUUAUUGUAUUAUACGUCCCAACCUUGAUUAAAAUAAUACAAGUUUAUAUGUCUUCCAGAUAAUCCAUUGAUCCGUUCGAGUAGGUCACUUCCCGUUACAGGUUUUACGACAAUAUUAUGUAUUUUGGUUAUUUUAAAUAAUUUUUUUAUUCUAUAAUACAAUCAAAAUAUUUAAAAUAAAUAAAUAAAACUAGUUAUAUUCGAUAUUUUAAAAUUAAAACUAGGCCAAAUGUUGUUUUUGGUAUUGAGUCACAUGUUAGAAUUAUUUUGUUUACUAUUUAAAAUACUAGGAGUAACAUUUUGAAAAGUAUUAUGAUCAACAUGCAGUCAGUGGCUUAUUUAUAGGGGGGGGGGGUCCAUGGAGACCUAACCCCUCCCAUUGACUCGUAGAUGUUAAAUUUUGUGUUUUAUGAUUAUGAAAAACAAAUUUUAUCAUACAAUACGAAGGAUUUUGUAAAACAUUUCUGACGCUUUAUUAUCAAAAUUUUUAAUUAAUAUCGUAAUUUUUUUUUUGCAUUCCUAGGAUAAAAUGUUAUUUAAUUUAUUUUUGGAUUUUUUUUUUUUGUUAAUAAGUAAUUUUCAGUAUUAUCUUAACCUAAAUGUUUCAAUAUUCGAUUCAGAGUAAUGCUAUGGAACUUACUAUGAUAUUACAAAAAGGUUGUAUCGACUUAUAAAAUACAUGUGGUACAUUUAUUUAAUAAAGAGUAAUUGAGUUAAGGUAUGGGGGCAAAGCCCCCAUGGCCCUGUAUUUUGAAAAUUGUUUGGACCCUCCCCAUGACAAAUUCCUAAAUACGUCACCGCAUGUAGUAGCGUUAUUAGUUUUUCAAUAUAGAACAAAUGUAAAAAAAAAAGAAAAAUCAUUUUUACUGGACUAAAUGUUCGCUUCAAAUGAUAAAAUUGUAGAACGCUUCAAAUAUAAUAUACUCAAGGUGACACAAAUUGCAAUUUCCACAGUCUGUCACUCUAUAAUAAAAAUGUAUUGCUAGAUUAGUAAUUUAGUGAGAUCGAAAAAACUAAAAUUUAUCAUGGUUCUAUCUUCGUCGGUCUAUUAAUCAAACAAUCUUAUGGAAUAAAAAAAAAUCAAAAUAGAUUGAAGUGUGCCACUUUCCCUCGGCUAUAUAUUAUAGUCAUUAUUCUUUAUCACUAAUAAAUCAUAAUAAGUAUUUAUAAAUCAUACUGAAAAAAAAAACCUUAUAAUAUGUCAUAGAAAUAAAUAUACUUGCAAAUCAAAUUUACAAAAUUUCACCACACUUCCAAGUAGGAAACAUCUUCAUUAACAUCAUUUGAAUAGUACACGGUAAACCAAUUUGUUUUUUAAAUUUUCGAGAAAUACAGAGUAAUUUUAGAUUCCAAGUGUACCGAGGGAGCUACCGAGUGGUUUUACAAUUUCUUUUUUUGCUUUGUCCUAGUCUGUGAACACGUUUUUUUCUAGUAAACUUGCUCUGAUUUUUUACGUGUAGCAACUUUUUUGAAGGCUCAAAUUUUCUAAAUAGUACUUUAUAGAGGUCAUUUUUUAGAUAACAGCACUUAAGUGAGGAAAAAACGUAGAAAAACGUAAAAUUUCACGAUUUCAUUAUUUUAUAAAAACACCGACUACGUUUUCUACCAAAAAAAAAUGACUUGAUCGAAAAAUCACAAGAUACAUGUUUUUUUGGCUUUUUGAUUUAAUUUCUUAUGGUAUCAUCGCCAAAACUUUUGAGCCACUUUUGAGCUUUUAUGGAAUUUAAAUUUUUGGGAGUUUUUUUUGCUGUUACUCGAUUAUAAAUACAAGUAGAGACUUGAAACUUGGUAAUAAUACUUAUAUUGGACUUACCCAGAUACGGUAAAAUUUCCAAAAUCAUCGAACGAUUUUUUUUUUUAAUAAACGUGUUUUGAAAUCAAAUUUAAACGAAAAUCGCAAACAAAUUUACGGCACUUCAAAUUAUGUAUUCCCGAACUGCGCUCAGAAUCGUCUUUUGUCUAGCAAUGGUUUAUCGUUGUUUACAGAUAUAAUUGAAAUAGCCUUAUGUGUUCUACAUUCCCAACUUCUCAACUACAACAGUGGUCGCUUUCAUCCUAAGUAUCAGCUCUUUUUUUUUUAUUGAAGCACCUCUUUAUAGACUACGUUGAUUGUUUUUCCGAUAGAGGCAAGUAUGACUAAGCUGCUACGUGAACGAACUCUAGAGCACGCCACAUAGAAUUGCCUAUGUGAAAAGCAGUCAUCACUCUAAUCAAUCCCUGCUAUCUUUAAUGAUUGCCCUUGUAAAUUAUUUGUGGUCAUUGCAAAAGAUACCUUGAUAGGAAAUUGCAGUCUUUUAAAUUAGAAUGGAUAUUAUUUUUAGGAGGGAACGACUACCUAUUUUUAAUUUUCAAAUUAUUACAAAAAUAAUAAUCAAAGUAUUAACGAUUAUUUUUAACGGAUUUAAAAAAAAAAACAAAACAAAAUUUUAAAUAAGAAGCUGUCCUAGAAUAAUGCAGCUACUGUUAUAGGUAAUUCAAUGUAUAUCUGUAAGCAAUGAAUAACUAUUGCUAUAACAUAAAAAAAAUUCUGAGCGAAGUUUAGUUGAUAGUGUUACUUUGUCAACAAUAUAUUGUUAUUUAUGUGUAUGUCAUAUUAUGAUAAAAUAAUUACAUAGGUAUUAUAUAUUUGUUUAAUAUAAUAAUAAUUGUUUAAUAUUUUUCCGUUUUUCCUAAUUAUUUUAAAGACCACUUAAAAAAUAAAAUAAAAAUAUUAACAAUAUUAUACAAAUAUUAUAAAAGAAGAUCUAUAAUGCAUGUGAAAUUAUUUCACUAUAAUAUUACGCCUAUAUUGUUAACAAAGCAAGACUAUUAAUCGAAUUCCGUUCAGAAUCGUGUUUCGUUAGCAAUAAUUAAUCGUUGCGUAUAGAUAUACGUUGCGUAUACAUUAAAUUUCCCCUCUACCUUCCCAACUUCUUACCUACAACUUUGGCCCACCCACGUGCGAAGUAUGUCUCCGUCUUUUUUAAAAUUACUAUUCAUAAAUAUUUUAUAUUUGUAUUAUACAAAUAAUAACACUAAACAAGAAGUCCUUAUUUCAAUUUGUAGCGUUGUACGUUGAUUUAAAUUAGGUGAAGUAAUAUUUUAAAUGCGAUAAUAUAUAGGUUUUUAAAACAGAGCAUUAUUAUUUUUAUUUUCAAGUAUCUUGAAAUCAAACUAAAUAAAAUAAUAAAAUAAGCAACAUGUUUAUCUUUUCUUUAAUACAUUUUAGACAAGUAACAACGGUAGGCACAUACAGUGCCUAUCGAAUCGACGGACGAAAUAUUAUCACAUUUUAAUCGUUUAUCAACCGAGAAAAAAAGGAAACGUUAAUUCUUUUAAAAAAAAAAAAAAAAAAAGUAGCCACACAAGUAAAUUAAAUGCAUUGCUAUUGAUCUCUUGAUUUGUUGUUAUUAAUGUACAAUCCCCGUUAUCAAAAUCCUUCCAUUAUAUGGUAGAGGUUUACGUUUUCUCGAUCACUCUGUAUAUAAAAACACAGAAUUACGUACGGUAGGCGUCGUUUGGAUUUGCGCGAUAUCAUUUAAUUUAUUAUUGGGGUCCACGGACAACAGUUCGUAUGUUGAGUAUCCCUGCGGCGCUGACUACCGUUUUUUUUUCCUACUAACGCGAUCAAUAAAGACCGGCACCACCGUGGCGAGGACGAUGACGACGACGACGACUGCAGCCGGCUCGUACACAUAGGUACCCAAAUGAUAUUCGUUAUCAUUCCGCGUAAAACACCCGUCGCGUUAAGUUUAUUGCAAUUUAUUCGCUAUCAUAGUAUUAUGACGUCAUCGUUGUCGUCCUUUUGAUCGUUACCAUUCUCGUGUUUUAAGUUAUCGUCGUACCUAGCUAAUCCAAUAAAUACAUUAAAACCAGCUAUAUCACCACCGCCAUGCCUUACAAAUACGGCAAGACGUUGGUCUAUCAUGUAAGCAUAUGUUUUAUCAUAUUUUAUUAUUAAACUGAACAAGAAAUAAAUUCGUUUUUUGUAGGCAGGUACAUACGAGUUAAAAUAUUAUACUCGUCGAUAAAAUUUAAGUGUACCAUUUUUGCAAAAACUGAUAUGUGCCAAAAUUUCGAUUUUGGUAUUAAACCCAAUAUCUGAAGAAUAGGAUUCAUUAGAAUCUAUUUCAUCAAUUCUAUUGUGUGUCAAAAUAUCAAUAUAUGUAUAUGGCUCUGCACCUGUGUUCCAAAAUUGACUUAUUGCAGGCAUCAGUUUUUUUUUUUUUGUUAUACUGGUAGAGGUACACGUGAAUUUAGACAACGGCUGUGAUGUUUAGCCCCUACCCUCGGGUCAUCAUGUAUUAUUGUAAAAUGUAUUUUUUUUUUUUUACUAUAUCCACAGGUCGUAGAAAAUAAUUACAAAAAAAAACCAUCAAAUUCACAAUUUAUCUUUGUUGUUAAUUUAAAAUAUUCGAUUUUUUAAUUUUAUUACCGAUAACUGCUGGUCGUUUUUUGGUAGGCAUAGGUAUUUAUAUACUCCGCGAGCGUUUUUCUACCGUAUUGUUAAUAUUAUAUAUCAAUGUUAAUAAUUAUAUCAGUAAAUUCAAUGUUAGAAAUACGCCUAGUAAAAAAAAAAAACCACAAAAAUAGACCGCCCCUUUUUUUUUGUUUUCGUAGAGACUUCCAGCCAUUUUUCACAUGAUCACGUAGUAGGUAUAUUACUAAUAAAAUCAAAAUUUCAAUAUUUAUAAUAUUUAAGAACACUGUGUACCUACACGAUAUAGCAAAUUUACGUUAAGCAGGGACAAUUUUAGCGCUGUUAGUUUUAUUAUGACAGUGAAUUAACUUCUUAUCAAUUUUCAAAAUAAGCACAUUAUCUUGUGCUUCUACGUCGUCUGUUUUGUUCGAUAAUUUAAUUUUUAAGCGAAUUAUAAACAUUUAAGUAUAGAUUAGGAUAUUUUUCACUGACUCUUUUAUAUAAUAGAGUAUAAUAAACGAAAUCUACAUAUUUCGAUAGACGGGAAUAUUUUAGUAGGUACGUUGGUAUACGCCCUAUACGCAGACGUUUGUGUCUAUUGUAUUAGGUACAGGAUAUUAUAUUCAUAAAAUAAUUUUGUUGUCCACUGCUAUAUAAUAUAAUGAUGAGGUUACCUACUAACAGUCGCACGAUCUAAUGAAUAAUAUGCGUCGUGUACACUUAUUAAUUGGGCGUGUUUCGGGGACACUGAAAUCAGCCGUUUCUGAUAUACCUCGCGAACAUAUUAUUUUUACCGUAUAGUAAAUAUGAUAUAUUAUAAUAUUUAUGGUGACUACGUCAGCAGUGAAUUCAAAAAAAUAUUCGUAUAAUAUAAAUUAUCCGUAUAAAAAAACCCAGAUAUUGUAGAUAACACCAUGAAAACAAGGGGGAAAUAAUUUAAAACGAAAAAUUGAAACGAGAGAAAUAAAAAGAAAAAAAAGCUGUAGACGGGUGUGCCACUGUUGAAGGUGGGAAAUUAGGAAGGUAGGAUACAUCAUACAGUUAUUUCAUUUAUAUUUGUGAGCAAAGAUUAACCAUUGCUAACAAAAAACAAUACAUAGCGGAGUUCGGUUUAUAGUGUUACUUGGUCAACAAUAUACUAACAAUAGUAGUUAUACCCCUAAAAAUAAGAGUGAUAAAAAAAUAAUAUAAAUAGAAAAUUGUAGAGCAGCUUGUUUCUUAAAUGUUCUAGAACACAUAUUCUGAAAAAAGUUAAUACUUUCCGAUAUAAUGAUGAUUAUAGCCAAUUAAAUAGAUCACCCGGUAUAUGUCAUAUCAUGGUCAAUUUUCUUUAAUAAUAUUUGUUUAAUAUUUUACCUAUUUUUCUGUUUUUCCUAGGUGUUUCUCAUUUAUAAUGAAAACUCCUGGGAAAAUCAAAAAAAUGACGUUCGUAAAGUAUCAUCCUAUAGUCAGAUUUCCUUUCAGAAAAAGUGCUAUCAUUGUAAAUCGGAGCAAAAUUGCUAGUAGAAAAGUUGUCAACAAAAAAAAAUCAAAAUAUAAACAUCAUUGUAAAAAUAAUACAUUCCUCGCUCCGCUGAGAAUCUAAUCUAAAAACAAAAUUGCAAAUAGUAAAAUCACUAUUUUCGUAAAUUUUCCCGUUUUUUCUACAUUAUUUUCCGGUUAUACUUAAUUAUUAAAAAAAACAGGGAAAAUUAAAAAUGAUUUGGUAGAAAAUAUCGAGCGUAAACAUUUAUAAUAAUGAAAUCGUACGCUGUAAAUUUGUUCGUAUUUAAUUUUUUGUCUUUUUCUGGUUUUUCUUAGUUAUUAUGAAAACUAUUUGAUAAAUUAAAAAAAUCACCUUCUCAGUGCACCAACUAGAUAAAAUUUCCUUUUUAGAAAAGGUGCUAUAUUUGAUACAUGGGAGCAAGUUUUCUUCUUGAAGAAUUUUUUUGAAGAAAAAAAAACACUCGUCAAAAUAAAGCCAAUUGAUCAUUCGGUCCGCUUCGAAUCUAAUAGUGUUUAAACGCGAGUUAUCUAUCGUCAAUUACUUGAAAUUUGUUCUGAACUUAUGGUACUUAAAAUUCAUAAAUUAGCGCUUGAAAUCGUUAAAAAAAUGAACGAAAAAAACAAAACAAAAAUAAGAGGUAGAGAAGUUAAGAUUCCAACCUUUAAUGGCUUUAACUUAUCAAAUAGAAUUGUCUAACACUAUAAAAAUGCAACUAAUACAAAGUCAUUGUUUUCGCUACAAAUUCGCAGUUCUUAGUAUUUAAUGUAUAUAAUUUUAAUUAUAUUCUAAAAGAUACAAAGAAACGAAUUAGAUGCCUGUCUCAGGUGUCUCUCAUCGGAAGCCUGGUGAUUCGUCUAAAUCGAGCUCUGAUAUUUUAUUGGGUCUUGUCAUCAACGAUUCAUUGAAUCAUUGCUUGAUUUGUAAGAUUAUGUCUUAACAGCUUACCGCUGACAUUAUUGCGUAGGUAUACGUGUUUCCUAAAUAAUAAUUAAAAUAAAAAAUAGCCUUGUUGUCUAUACGGAGGGACACGGUGAAAGGAUCCGUUUUGGUCUGCUAUUAUGUAAGGACGGUGAAAAACAAAAUUUUUUGUUUUUCACCGUGAGGUAAUCGCAAUAAAAUAAACGUCGCGAGAAAAUACACAACCAUAACCGUGGUCGUGUUUCGUAGUCACGGAAAUUAAUAGUUUCUGGUACGUUUCCUGAACCGUAUUUUAUUUUAGGUAUAUUGUAUGUAUAAAUAUAAAAAAAAUAAUAAAAUGUGAUAUCGAUGGCGUUAAAAAUCACACGAAAAACAUAAUAUAGUAUCUACCUAACCACCAAUUCGAUCAACAGGUUGUUCCAAAUAAUUCGUAUUCUUUUUUUUUUCAUCGUAAAACACGAUUCAGUAACGAAAACGUACGAUUAUAAUAUUAUACUUAAUAGCGCACUAUCAUGCCGGAACAUUCUUAUAUUAUACUUUAGGUAAAUAAAGAAAACAAAAAACUUGAUUCUGUUGAUGAGUGCGCCACUGUUGUAAGUAAGAAAUUGGGAAGGUAGGAUGCAAAAAGUUAUUUAAUUUUUAUAUGUUUGUAACGAUAAACCAUUGCUUACGAAAUACGAUUCUAAGCGAUAUUAGUAUUAUUUGAGUAUAGUUUAAAAGUUCAGUAAUUUUUAAGAUUUUCGUCAAUUUUUUUCCUGAAAGUAUUAUUUAUAAUAUAUUUUAGUAUAUAGGUGUAUACAAUACUACCUUAGUGUAGUAUUGUAAUAUUUUAAUACACAGUUAUUUAUUGUUUUAGAAAUAAUAUGUCUAUUAUACGAAAUAAGUGAAGAAUAAUUUCCACUCUAUAUGUUCUUCUAAUGCUCAUCAUGGAUGGGGGUUUUUUUUUAUGUUAAAAAUUUACAAUUUUAUUUAUAAACAACAAAAUACAAACAUCUGGUGAUUACAGGACAAAUCAAUUUUGUUUUACAAGUGUUUAAGUUAGUGCUCCAAUAAUGAUUUCAAUAAUUGCAAGCCAUACUAAUUUUUUUUUUAAAGUUUGCAGACGCAAUGAACAAUGAUUUUUGAAAUACAUUGAUUUUAGUUAAAACUUGUAUUUAUCUAUACAUUCCAUGAAUAUUAAUAACCAAAACGAAAUAACGAAUUAAAUUAAAUUAAUUUCAUCGCAUAAAAUAAACCUUUCGAAUAAAUCGUUCUUUAACUAUGAUUAUGAAAAGUCGGUAAUUGCUAUAAUUUUUGAUGAAUGGGUUGCGCGGUAUUUUAAUAUAAUAACGUGAGCUAAAAUAUUUUAUGAGUUAGUAGAUGUACCUAUAUUUGUAAUGUUAAAACGCUGUGUUUUAGGUUAAAAACAUUGACCUUUCCGUAGGUGAAUUAUAAAAUUAUCAUUAAAAUAGCGGAAAUAAUAAAAGUAAAAAUAAUAAUAUUAUUUUCUUAAUAUCACCAACGCGAGCCGUAAACGCUACUACUUGUUUACGUCAUUGCGCAGAUUUAAUUUUCGUGUAAUCAUGUAUAGUAGUCUUUCAUCUACAUUAUUUUCAUCAAAACAAUUAUUAUGUUUAAGAUUGGUGAACGCGGUUCCGGUUUUAGACCGAAAUCCGGAGAUGUCCAGGAUUUUGAAGUACUCCGAGACCAGUGUUUACAAAAAGGUGCGCUUUUCGAAGAUCCGGAUUUCGAUACGGUCGACUCUUCGUUGUUUUACAGUAAAUCGCCGGAAAAAUCGUUUGAAUGGCGAAGACCGGGAGUGAGUAUAAUAAUUUUAAUUUAUAUAUUAUAGGUAAUAAGUGCAGGGCCGACGCUAGUAAUUAUAGAUGUGGAGGGGAUUUCACAAAUUGUUUUUUUUUGCUUAUUGGCCUUUUAUAACCUUUGUAAGACUAAAAUGAUUUUAUUUAUUUUCCUGUAAAUGUAAAAUAUCCGAUUACUUAACAAUUGUUUCAUAAUUUCUAACUAGAUAUUAAUUAUUCUCACUGAAAAGGGGUGGAAAUACAUCUCCCCCCCUCUAGUGCCGGCCCUGAAUACAUGUAAACUAAAUAGUUUAUUUACAGGAAAUAGCGAAUAACCCUCAAUUAUUUAUCGAAGGGGCUACGAGAUUCGACGUACAGCAAGGAGAACUGGGUAAGUCAGAUUGAAUCUAAACAAUCAUAAAAUAAAUUACAAUCUAUAAUAAUACAUACAAUAAAUCAACUCAUUUUUUGUAUGCAGGUGACUGUUGGUUAUUGGCUGCCGUAGCCAAUUUAACUUUAAAUGAAAAACUCUUCUAUCAAGUUGUGCCAAACGAUCAAGGUUUCGAUGAUAAAUACGCUGGUAUAUUCCAUUUCAGGUAAAGACAGUUUUUAAAUAUUAUACUUUAUAUCUAUUUGAAUUAGGACCAAAAAAAAUUGAUAUUUUAGAUUUUGGCAGUAUGGCCGAUGGGUAGAUGUUGUUGUAGACGAUCGCUUACCGACUUUUCAUGGAAAAUUAAUAUUUCUCCAUUCAGCAACCGAAAAUGAAUUCUGGAGUGCUUUAUUGGAGAAAGCUUACGCCAAGUAAACAUAUUAUUAUUUUUAUCAAUUAACAUAACAUAAUUUUUUAGUUUGGGCAAGUAGUAUUCAAUGCUAUAAACAAUAAAUAUAUUAUGAACAUUUAAUAUUACUUGGCUUUUUUUAAUAUAAUGUAAUAAGUAGGUACCUAUACAGAAUGAUCCAUUUAUCAUAAACCAGUGAUUUUCCCGAAGAGUUUAAAAUUUAUUUGAAAAUAAAAUAUACAAAUUGAUCGUUUUAAAUAGAAAUAAUUUGUUUUAAUAGGAAAGAUUAUUUAAAAUGAGUUAUUAGACAUAGAUGUAUUAAGAAAUAUAAAAUAUUUUGUUAUUAUUUAUUAUCUAAAGUGAAUUGAUAAAAGAUAUUAUUUUUAAAACCAGUUUAAACAUUUAAAAUAUUAUUAUAAUUAAUUUUCUUUAUUUCAUUGUGUAUGUAUAAUUCUUCUAAAACUGAAUUAAUGUAAAUGUUAUUUUGGUAUUUAAUAUUAAAUUAUUUCUAUGUAAAAUGACCAAUUUGUAUAAUUAGUCAUAGGUUGUACAACAUGUAUUCCAUAAUACUCCAGGUUAUUAAUUAAUUUAUAUAUUUGUUUAUUAGUAUUAUCCAUUUAAUAAUUUUGUUUUCACUAUAUUAUUUUAUUACUUAAUUCAACAUUUGAUAUGUAUUCAUGUAUUAAUAUUUGUAAUCUUUCUAUAGUCAUAUUUAUUUUUUAUGGUAUCGAAUAUUUUACUAUGUGGAUAAAAAUUUGUGUUUUUUGCUAUACACUAGAAUCCAUGGAUCAUAUGAAGCAUUAAAAGGAGGCAGUACUUGUGAGGCUAUGGAGGACUUCACAGCUGGUGUAUCAGAAAUGUACGAGUUAAAUGAACCACCACCAAAUUUAUUUACAAUAAUGCUUAAAGCUUUUCAACGACAAUCUCUAAUGGGUUGUUCAAUCGAGGUAAAGUUUAAAAAAAUAUGUAUAGGAAAAAUAUAGGGCAUAACUGUAUUAAUAAAUAUUAAGUACUAUAAAAUCCAGAAAAUUAAAAAGCUAUCCUAGGGAUAAUGGGAAUAGGUGCAGCUACUGUUAUAGGUAGUUUAAUGUAUACCUGUAAGAAACACUAAACUAUUGCUAAGGAAAAACAAUUCUAGGGAGUUCAGACAUUAAUGAUGCUUUGUCAACAAUAAAUAUGUCAUAGCAUGGUAAAAUAAUUAAGUAGAUAUUAUAUAUUUUAUUUGAUAAUAUUUGUUUAAUAUAAUGAUCCCCCCUCCAAUUUUCCUGAGUUUUCCCAGUUUUCCAUGUUUUUUCUAGUUUUUCACAUUUGCUGGGAAAUCUUUUGAGAAAAUCAAAAAAUGACCUACUUAAAGUACCUCCCCACACCGAUUUCCAUUCAGUAAAGGUGCUAUACUUGGAAAUCGGAGCAAGAUUUCUGGUAGAAAUGUUGUAUUUUCACUGUGUAUCCCAAACGUCUUUUUCCCAUUUUUAAAUUUGCAACACCCAUAAUUAAUUGUUUACAUAUUUAUGACUUGUGGAAUGUUGCUUCACUUUAUUUGAACUAUCUUUGCACUUCUUUGGUCAGAUCCCGGAUAUUCUUCUCCUUAUAUAAAAUAUUAGUUAUAAUUUAGUAAAUAGGAUUUUUUUCAAUACAUACCUCUCUAAUUUGAAAUAUGAAAAAGUAAAUGUUUUUUUUUAUACAUUUAUUCUUAUUAAUUUUUUUCUUACACAACAGUGUUCACAGUGUAAUUAUUUUUUAUCCAUUUUUGGAUUCAAAUUUAUAUAUUUCCUAUACUAUCACAUCCUAUGCUUUACAUGGUAAACAUGAAUUUAUAGGUAGGUUAAUAUUCUUGGUAAUGUCUAUGUAAUUAUAAUUGUCUUGUAAAUACCUUAAUAAAAUAGUAUUAAUCAAAUUUAUUUUAUAUUUUAUCAAUAAAUUCGAAUAAAAGCUUUAAUUUACUAAGGAAGGCCAAACAAACUGAAAAAUACCAAACAAAUUAUUAACUAAUUUGUGGUGGUAUUGAUAAACCCAAAAUCUUAAAAAAGGAAAACCAGUGUUAUAUAAGUAAAAUAGAUAUACAAAGGAAUUAUACUUAACUUUUCAAAAACACAUUUGCUUCUUUCAUUACACAUUCAACAUUUACAUUACAUCACAAUGGUUUUAUUUUAAGAGUUUUGCUCUAUACAAAAUAGUUUCAAAUUAAUAUAGAUUUGCCAAACAGAAAUAACAAUAUUAUUAAAUAUUUUUUAACGAAAUAAAUUUAAAAAAAUAUAUGUAUAUAGUGAUUUUUCAUAUUUUGUGUAUUUAUUCAAUGAUAUUUUCUUAUCUUGACCAAUGUUCAGUAAGCUUUAUCACAUAGUUAUGGCUUUUUACUCCAGUUUCCUCUUAAUAUUUUAGAUCAAAUUUAAUUUAUUAUAAUAAUAUUAAUUACCAAAGAUGAAAUCGGUCAAUUAUCAAAAUGUGUUAUUUUUAAAGGCUGAUCCAACCGUUACAGAGUUGGAAACACCACAAGGCCUUGUCAAAGGUCAUGCAUAUAGUAUUACCAGAGUAACAUAUGUAGACAUAACCACUCCAAAUACUACAGGUAAAAUACCUUUGCUUAGACUACGAAAUCCAUGGGGUAAUGAAGCAGAAUGGAAUGGACCAUGGAGUGAUAAGUACGCAUACAAAUAUUUUAUAUUCUUUACUGUCAUUUAAAUAGUUUUAAAAUGAAAAAUUAUUAAUUGUUUAAAUUAAUUAACAGAUCUCCUGAGUGGAGAUUUAUAUCUGAUUCAGACAAAGCAUCUUUAGGUUUGACAUUUGAUGCUGAUGGUGAGUUCUGGAUGUCAUAUAAAGAUUUUGUCAAAUACUUCUCUCGUUUGGAAAUUUGCAAUUUGAAUCCUGACCUAUUAACCAAAGAACAACUUGGUGAAAAUUCUAACUUGAAAUGGGAAAUGAGUGUGUUUGAAGGUGAAUGGGUGCGAGGUGCAUCUGCUGGAGGAUGUCGUAAUUUUUUAGGUAACAUUUGGAAACUUUCAUCAACAUAAUCAAUUAACCUAAUUUGAUCCAUUCAAUAUUUAUAGAUACUUUUGCAAGUAACCCACAGUAUCGUAUUACAUUAGAAGAUGCUGAUGAUGAUGAUGAUGAACGUAAAUGUACUGUAAUUAUUGCUUUAAUGCAAAAGAAUAGACGUGCGCAGCGAAAGAUAGGGGCUGAAUGCUUAACAAUUGGAUUUGCUGUGUAUCAGGUAACUAUUAAAACAUAAAUUGAGAUUUUAGAGUUAUAUUUUUGUUAAUUAUACUAAAAUAUGUAUUUUUGUUAUACUAUUUUUUAUUGUUUAGCUCAUUAACCCAGACUCAUUGCCAAAACCAUUGGAUACUAAUUUUUUUAAGUAUACAGCUUCCAUUGCAAGAAGUCCUACUUUUAUAAAUUUAAGAGAAAUCAGUAGUAGAUUUAGUCUACCUCCAGGUACAUAUUGUAUUGUGCCUUCCACAUUUGAUCCAAAUGAACAGGGUGAAUUCUUACUCAGGGUAUUCUCAGAACAUGAAAAUAACAUGACGUUAGUGUUAAUAUAAUUAUAUGAAUUAACAGUGCUAACAUAAUAAUUAUUAAUCAAAUAAUUUUUAUAGGAUCCAUGAUUCAUUUUAAUUAAUUUAAUCAAAUUAUUUUUUUUUUUUUUUUUUUUAGAGAGCUUGAUGAUGAAGUCGGAAUGGGUGAAAUUGACAUAAAGGUAAAACUAAUAUAAUAUUAUGCAAAUAAUAAAUCAAUAUUUAAUAUGAGUCUAAAUUUUGUUAGAUUAAAGAACAAGAGCCUGAGCCAGACAAAGUUGACAAAGCUAAUGAAAAAAUUAAAGAGUUCUUCCUUAAACUGGCUGGUGAAGACCAAGAGGUUGAUUGGAUGGAGCUUAAAGAUAUUUUGGAUUAUGCUAUGAGAAAUGGUAAGUUAAAAUGUAUUAGAUACAUUUUUUUAAAAUUUAUUUUACCAUAGUUUUAUUAUAGGUUAUUUAUUAUAUUUAAUAUAGAAAAUGUGUUAUGACUGUUAUAAUUUUUAAGAAUAAUUACCAACUUGAGAAACCAUUUUUGGGGUUAUUUAUUGAGUUUAUUACAUUAACAAUUAAUAAUUUAUAGGCAUACCAUUGGGUUAAAAUUUUGAAAUAAACAUUUUUAUGAAUCUCUAACCUUAACCUCUAAUAUCUUGUAAAAAAUGCUUGGAAAUUAUAAAACAUUGUAUGGUUUAUACUAUUCUUUUGAAAAUUGCACUUAAGAUUAAUCAGGGCUUGACUGGACUUACUUAUUUGGCCUACUAUUAAGAUGGCCUACCUCAAUUUUGCUGAUACCCAUCUUUUAUUUUUAUUUUUUGUUUAUCAAUUGUUGUUUGAAUACAUUAUAUGUUUUGAUUUAUAUUAAAAACCAAAAUUAAUGGAAAUAAAAUGUGUUUCAUAAUUUCGUGUAGUCUAUAUUUGUUUUAAAGCACUGGCUCACAAUUCGACCAAGGAAAGUGGCCCACUGUUUUCUAAGACAAUAGAUUAUUAGACCAGUCUAACCCUGCUUUCAUAGAUAUUUGUUUGGUUAAAUUUUUUUUUGUUUUUGUUUUAUUUUGUGUGACUAAUUACAACAAAAAUCCAUUAAUAUUGACAGUAUUAAUUCUAUAUUCAUUACUAAUCAUUUUCAUUAUACACUUAAUAAUAACAAUAAUUCAAAAUUAAAAUUUUACAAAAAUAAAUUUACAUUACUAUGCUACUUAUAUUUUACUACUAAACAAAAUUGAUUGAAAAUAAAUAAUAUUUCAUACUUGUAAAUUAUAUUAAAAGGUUUUAUGCUUGAGUUUGUACCUAAACUAACAUAGUUGCCUAUUUGAUUGUAUAAUUUGUAGAUGUUGCAAGUAAUACAACUUCUGGAGAUAAUAUACUUCUCAAUUUAUUACAAACAUUCUGUGAGGCUUUCUGUCAAGGGUCGCCUUUAGCGACAACAUUUCGUAAGUUUUUUUAGAUAGUGAUACCUAUCACAUUUAAUAAAGUUUUAUGAAUGUGAUUCACAUUCAUGAAAUGUCAAUCAUUAAUUUGUUUAAGUAAACCCACAUUAUUUUAGAAACAUAAUAUUUUCAGAUAUGGAAAAGGCAGGAUUUUCAAAAGAUGUAUGUCGCAGUAUGAUUGCUAUGAUGGACUGGGACCGAUCUGGUAAACUUGGUUUUGAAGAGUUCAAAAGGCUCUGGAUUGACAUUAGACAGUGGAAGGUAAAUAAUAAAUGUAACAUUGUAAAACUACAUUUGAGGAGUCUCCAUUUAAAGUUGUAAUAUUUUUUAAAUACUGUUGUUUUAUUUUAGACUGUGUUUAAAAUGUAUGACAAGGAGAGCAAGGGUUACAUUAAUGGAUUUGAACUAAGACAAGCAUUAAACUCAGUUGGUUAUCAUCUUAAUACACAUAUCUUAAACAUUAUGUGUCAUCGGUAUGCUACUAAAGAUGGAAAUAUAAUGUUUGAUGACUUUAUUAUGUGUGCUGUAAGACUAAAAACUACAAUAGGUUAGUAAAAAUUUGAUUUGUGUUUUUAAUUUAUAAAAAUAAAAUGUAUGAACCUGCCAAUAUCAAACGAAUUGUUUGAAUCAGUUAAAACUAUAAUACUGUUCAAGUAGAUAAUAAGAUUACCAAAAAAUUAAUUUAUAAUAAUUAUAAUAUAAUGAAUAUAAUUUCUAAAUCUAAAUAAUUAGGUAUGAUUAGGUAUGUAAUAAUCACAUAUUAUGUUCUUGUAUUACAAUACUGUGCUUUAUGUUGUAAUUUGAAUAUUAGAAUGAGUUGAUUUGUUAUCAAACUUAAUUAUUAGAAAAUUUUGAUAUUUUAAUUUUUAAAUGGAGUAUGAGGGCUAAUGCAAAUUAUUAAAAUUUAAAAAUGGUUAUAUCUAGCUUAAAACAACUACCUCCUCCCUCUCCCAAAAAAAAACUGAAUAUUUUACAUUUAUUUAUACAAGUGUUUAACAUUUGUAUGAACUAUACUUAAAUUCUUAUGUUAAUUAUAUGAUAUUAAAAAGAAGAGGUAGAUAAAUUUCUUAUAAAAUUGAUUUAUAAUGUAAAAUUUGACAAAAUGUGACAUUACCGGUUUCAUCAAUAUUAUCCAAAUAAGUUUAGAUGUUAUUAUAUUUUAAGUUUAAUAAAAAGUAAAUUCAGUCAUAUAUUAAAACUUACAUUACACAUUUUCCUCUUCUGACCUCAGAGUUAUACAGACAGUAAAUUAGUGUAUCAUAUUAGCAAAUUAUUACAUAUCACAUUAACAUUUAUUAACUUAUGAAUAAUAUCUAAGCUGAUUAUAAAAAUGCAUUAUUAAUCUAUUUAUGAAAUAAUGAAAUAGUUAUAAAACUGGUAUAGUCAAAAUAAUUUGAAAUGUUUGUUUGGAUAAAAAUAAUUCUAAUACUUAUUAAAAUACCUAAUUGAACAUUUUUUUUUUUAGAUAUGUUCAAAGAACGUGAUCAUGACAACAAAAAUAUAGCCUCUUUUACAAUGGAAGAAUGGGUGGAAAAAACAUUGUAUUCAUAGAUUUCAACAAGCCCCUUUAUAAGGGUUUCAAUAUUUAUUAUUUUUUUAAUUGUAUUUUAGAUUUACCUACAGAUUUUUGGCUAUAAUUAAUGUUUAUGUCUUUUUAUAACACACCAACACACAUAACUACUAUCUACUAUUAAGCAGCAAUUGUUAAACAAAUGUUUUAUCAUAAGUUCCAAAUAAAUUCUUAUAGUUCCAAUUUUUUUUUUUUUUUUACAUUUCUUUUUAAUCUAUAAUGAUAUAUUUCGAGGAAUGUUUUUAUUGGUGCUUCCUAAACUUUGAUAUUUGUUUAUUAGUAGUCUAUUGGAUUCUUACUUGGCUUGUUUAUUUGAAUCAUAACAGGGUACUCCUGAAAAUGUAUUAUAUUUUCCUAUAAGUACAAACAUAUUUUAACAAUGUUGAUUAUUGUUAUUAUGAUUUUAUUUUGAUUAUUAUUACUAUUUUAUAUAAUAUAUAUAUAUAUAUAUAUAUAUAUUGCUAGCAAACAUAUAUAAAUUGUUUGGAUGAGUAUCUGGAUAUUAUUAUAUUAUUCUGUGUUAAAUUCUUUUUAGCUAGUAGAGUUUUAUUUUUUUUUUUUUAAAUUUAGUUGCUUUUUUAUUUCUACUUUUCUUAACCGUGUGAAAAUAUAUAAAAUUAAUAUUAUUAUUAUUAUUAAAGUUAGCUAUUGUUAUGAAAACUAUAACAUAUUCUAGUCUAUACUUUAAACCUAUAUAACUAUUUCCAUUUCUACAGAGAGUAGUGGCAUGUCCAGGAUUUUCAAUGAAAAGCAACUACAAAAUUGUGAAUUUGUCUUCUCUAUAAUACCCAAUUGUAAUAUAUGAAUUGGUAAUUUAAAAGCCAAUUUCUAAUUUCUAAUUUGCUUUUUUUUCGCAACUCGGCUGAAAUAUAUGUAUUUUGAUAUUAGGUUACUCAUACUUUUUGUAUUUUUAAGUUAAGGGGGAUAUAAUCUUUAACCUCUCUCCCCUUACGCCACUAUCUACAGAUCUUUGAAAUUGAUAUUCUAAAAAUAAUAUAAUAUAAUUAUAAUUAUAGUUUAUUCAACUGUGGGAAAAUAUUUAAUAAUUGUAAAUUAAUGUUUUUUUUAUUUUGUAUAAGUACUAACAUUUUAUUUUAUUUUAUUUUUUUUAUUCUACAUUUAAGAAAUACCUAAAAAUUAUUUUUCUAUUCAUUUUAUUUUUGUCCGUUGUAGUAUUUAUAUUUGUUUAUACAUUAUGAAUAUUAAUAAUUGUAUGCAAGUGUGCAAUUAAUCUAUGCAAUGCUUAUUAUUUUUAUAAUAAAUCAUGAUAAUUUUAAUCCUCUAAUAAUAUGUUU